GACUUUUUCUGAUCCGCACCACAACGGCUGCUUCUUCCAGAGUCUCCUGCGCUGCAGUUUAGGGGGGUUCCUUUGUCCUUUGCUUGGGAUUUUUCUGCCAUUCCGGACUUUCUGGUUUGCAAGAGCAACGCUGCUCCCAUCGUGGAUUUCAUUUUUGGGAAACAUUGGAGUCUUUGUCCUGGGACGGACCUGGUGGUUUCCCCCUUAAAAGUAUUGCGUGCACAGUCUUCCCCGAACAAUCGCAACGCCCGGAAAGUUGCAAGGAUCCCUAUUGUUGCAAAAAAGGUCUUCUUUUUUUUUGAGGGGUGCAAUCCGUAUUUCCUGCCUCGGUUUCGGGGGUCCCGCACCCCGCAAAAAGCGACACAUCGCAUUGUCUCGGCCGAAAAGCCACCUUGCGGAGAGGAAAGCCAUACAGAGCUCCGAAAGUUCGUCCAAGGCAGGAGUUUGCCGAACAAUUUUUUAAUUUUGCGUUUGUGGGUGCUUUGUGUUGUUCGGAAUUUUUACUUUAUCUUUGGCGGCGCAUAUAUUCCGCAACAGGAUUUAAUUUUUCGGGUGUGCGUUGCGAGGAAUCUAGACGCGCCUCAACCAUGUUUGGAAUCACUGUUUCAUGACCCCCUUGAACUGGGUUCCUGGGAUCUGAUUUCUUCCUCCACAGGGAUCUUUUCUCGCGGCUGUGGAUCCUGAGAUUCCCUCCUCCUCCUCCUCCUCCUGCUGGGACUCAUUCUGGCUUUCCUGGAGCGAUGGCUGGCUGGCUUCUCUGCUUCUGGAUCCCCUUCGCCCUGGCUGCGGAAGGUGAGGUACCACACGGGUUCCGGGUUCCGAUCCAGACCCCAAAACCCGCCACGCUCACACACACAAGUGGAACGAAAUCUCCCAACUUGGGAGUCAGCAGGACUCCUGGGUCCCUUCUGGGGUAAAGUGCAAUUGUUGUUGAGAAGUGCGUUUGGGGGUUUUGCGCCAGGAUUCCCGGGUUUUCCAGAAGUUGGGCUGGAGUCCCGGACUCCUGGGUCCUCUCCCCGCUAAGAGAGAGAUUUUGGGUUUUGCGGAUUUUCCCUUCCCUCUGAUGUUUCCCCUUCUGGCCCCCCAUUCCUUUUCCCUCCUCGAGGCCUGAUCUAUUUUUGAAGCGCGCGUUCAAAGUGUUUUUUAAAGUCCCGCAUCGAUCUUGGGUAAUGAGCCUCUGCGAGGCGAUAGAUUUUUCUUUCCUCUUUCCCCCCCUGAUAUCGGCGCUUCCUUCUGUGCUCUCUUGCCCCCCCCCAGGAAAAAAAGGACAACGAUUUGCAAUAGGCUUUCAUCUCUCCAAAUUCCGAUCCUCUCCCUCGCCCAUCAAUCUUCGCUGCCUGUCGUGUCCCCCCCACCCAAGUUGUCCCAAAGGACUUGGGGUGGGGCUUCCCUUCCCAUUGUUGUAAAAUAAAGUGCUUUUUCCCGGGGUUGGGGGGUGGGGUGGGCGGAUUUGGGCUUGGUGGGCUGCUGUGGAGUGAAGGAUUCUGGGAGUCCGGACACCUGAGCUCCCCUGGGUGGAGAAGGGAGGGGCCUGGGGGCAGGUGAAGGCCGUGCCCCGGGGUGUUGGGGGGGGAGUUUGCAGGACUCCUGGGUUCCCUGGAGGGAGGUGGGAGAAAUGAGGGGUCAGCUCAGCAUCUUGGACCUAUAGAAGCUGAGAACCAAGAGUCCUUGGGCAGAUUGUCGGGGGUCAGGCUGGAUGACCCUCAGGUGUCCCCUUACAACUCUGCAAUUCCAUAGCAAGAAGGUAUGUAAGGACUCCUGGGUCCUCUUGGAAACGGCGGGGAGGAGGUGUUGUUACUGGGCUGGAGCUCAGAGGAAGGCAAGUGGCUGGAAUCCUGAAUUAGUUGGGGAAUUUAGAAUUGGCGAAUUGGAAGGGACCCCCAACGGUCAUCCAGACUGACCCACUGCAGGGCAGGAAUCGCAUCCCUGGCAGGCAGCCUCCUGCCCUCUGCUUAUAUCCAUCUCUUAAGGAAGGAGAGCCCGCCAGCUCCCGAGAGAGUCCAUUCCACCAUCAUACAGCUCUCACUUUCCGCCAGCAUUGUGUUAGGCUGCAGAGAAGGAGCUGCGCCUAGUGGGUACAGCAGCUUCCGCCAACUGGGUGCUGAACACUUGAUGGGCAAGGCCGGGGUGGCAGGACUGCAGAAGGGGCUGUUGAGGUUGGAGGUAAAGCGCAGAAAAGUUUCCACCUUGACAUGUUAGAAAAGUUUGAGCGCUUUGCCUGGGUCUCAGCAGCUUCAUUUUAAGGAAAAAGUCAUGGCUUAGUGCUGGAGCGGCUGCUGGGAGUGCAGAAGGUUCCUGACUCAGCCUCCAGUGUCAUCUCCAGGCUGGGAGAGCUACCUGCCCAAAUGCCUCUUAAAAAACAACAAUUGCUGCUGAGCCAGGAGAGAGGUUCUUGCUGAGCAGCAGGACAGCUGCCUUGAGUGCAGAAGGCUCCCCAAGUAGGGCUGAGAAUCUCUCCUUUUUUGAAACAGUGGGCAGCAGCUGGCGGCCAGUGUGGACAGUUGUAAGCUAAACUGCAGGGAGAGAUGGCAGCUGGGUGGCAGAGCGACUGCUUGGCAUGCAGAACGCUCGAGUUUCAACCUCCCUCUGCCAGCCAGAAUUGAAUUUUAUUAUUACAGUCACAGAAUAGGCACCCUGAACUACAUGGAUCACCACAACGGUUCCCAGAAGGACCCAGGAGUCCUGCCAUCCCUUGCCAGUCCAGAACCCAGGAGUCCUGCGCCCCCCUGGUUCCCCAAAGGGCCAAGACCCCCCCCCCAGUAAUCUGAACACCCAGAUCCAAAUCUGCUUCUACCUCCUGCUCACCCCACCACCUAAUUUCCCCUUCAUUUCCCCCUCUUUUCUCCCAUCCAGAAAAGCUAAAACCUCAUUGAAAAGGGAUUAAAAUCCAGGCCAAAGUGGAAAAAAACCCCUUCGUAGCUUUCAGCCCCAAACAACCCCAAGCCAAGAGAAAGCAAGGAAUUUUAUUUUGGGGGGGGGGUCCAUUUGAAGCACGGUCCCUUUCUGCAAAAAAAGACCCCCCCUUUUUCUUAAGAAGCUCAGAAAGGAACCAUCUUUUUCCCACCCACCCCAGGACUGUAAAAUCUCUUUUUUUUGUCUUAUCUCGCCCCCCCACUCCAAAAAUCGCCCCCCACUUUUCUUCCACUAUCUCUGCCUCCUUCCCUGAUCUCCUCCUCGGAGGUCAGGUCUGUCCCAAGGCUGUGAAGGGGCAGCGGAGCGUGUAACGCAUUAAUUGAAUCCUCUAUUGUGGCUCCAGAAAAAAAAACCAUCCUUUUGCAACCCACCAAGAUGGGAAUUUUUUGGGGGGGGCCCGCGAUGCUCGCCGCUCCGUGUCUCAAAAGCUUGCAAAGGGGGGGUUGUGAAAGUAAGAAAAAGAGCACAGCUUUCUGGAGCAGGAAUCUUGGCAUGAUUGUAGCAUUGUAGAGAUGGAAAGGGCCCCCCAAAGGUCAUCCAGACCAACCCCGAAUCGGUGCAGAAGAAAACCCUGACAGGUUAUGUAUGACCUCUGUUAAAAAAUCUCUGGCGAAGGAGAACACCCGACACGUGUUCUCGCAGCGGGCAGGCGGGUGCCGUUAUGGGAAAACCCGCCACGGGCAGGAUUCGAACGCAAGGCCGGCACCCCUGCAGUUUCCAGCAACUGGUAUUCAGAUGCAUUGCUGCCUCUUGACUGGGGAGGGCACAGAAUAGCCCCCCGUUGUCCUCGUCUCCUUUGUGAAUUUGCCCACGUUGUUGGCUCCUGUGGCAGGGAGUUCCGCAGUUUAACUAUGAAGCAUGAAGAAUAUGAGGGUCAGGCCAAUGGUUCUCACAGUGGCCAACCAGAUACUCAUUGUGGGGCACCAGGAAGCGGGAUCCGAGUGCAAGAGCCGCUCUCCAGCAGCUGGGGUUCAGAACCAUCACUGCCUCUAAGCGUGGGCUCCUGAGGGUCAUCCAGACCAACCCCCUGGAAUAGCAGCUGUCUAGAUCACCACGUUCCACACCGGUUGACUGAGGCUUUCCAGGAUUUCGGACCAGGAUUAAACGAUAAGGGACGCGGGUGGCGCUGUGGGUUAAACCACAGAGCCUAGGACUUGCUGAUCAGAAGGUCGGAGGUUCGAAUCCCCGCAACGGGGUGAGCUCCCCUGCUCAGUCCCUGCUCCUGCCAACCUAGCAGUUCGAAAGCACAUCAAAGUGCAAGUAGAUAAAUAGGUACCACUCCGGCGGGAAGGUAAAUGGCGUUUCCGUGCGCUGCUCUGGUUCGCCAGAAGUGGCUUAGUCCUGCUGGCCACAUGACCUGGAAGCUGUACGCCGGCUCCCUCGGCCAAUAAAGUGAGAUGAGCACCACAACCUCAGAGUCGGUCACGACUGGACCUAAUGGUCAGGGGUCCCUUUACCUUUAUGUGCUCAGAAUUUCCAGCGGGGCUUGCGUUCGAAUCCUGCUUGCGGGUUUCUGGUUAAUGGAUGGGACGGGCCACUGGGCUGAUCAUCAGCCGGGCUUAAAUUACGUCCGCCCUUCUCAAGCUUUUGAGGCAUGCAGCAGCCAUCAGUCUCUUUUUGCCUGCUUAACCUCCGUGCUUCUGCAUGUCCCGAAGACCUGACGAAACCGCUGCAUGUCAAUGCAGACUAUUGCGUCACUUGAGUCCAGAGCCGUCCACUUUUUUUGAGGUUAUACUUCGGACCAGGAUCUUUCCUGCUCGGUCGAGCUGAGAUUACUCUCUCCAGUUUGGGAGACUUCUGCAUGAAAAGCACGGGCCCUGCCUGCUGACCGAUGGACUCGGUGGUCAGGGAGCGCCUGCUUGGCAUGUAGAAUGCCCCGGGUUCAGCCCGCGAUGGCGUCGGUUCAUUCCAAACAAUGUGGACUAGAACCUUGCUUUGUUUUAAAGAGGGGUUGGACGUAACUCAGUGGGUAGAGCAGGUGUUUGGCAUGCAGAACGCCCCAGUUUGGCAUCACCGGGUAGGUAACACCCUGCCCCAAACCCCGGGGAGAGAGGCUGUUAGAAUUUCAUUGCAUUUAUUCAAAACAUUUAUAAAACGCCCAGUGUGCAGCUGCUUUGAGGAGUUUGCAAAACCAAUAAAAGAACGAGUUGGAAGGGACCCAGCGGUCAUCUAGUCCAACCCCCUGCAAUGCAGGAAUCUUUUGCCCAAUGUGGGUGCUCAAACUCACAACCCUGAGAUUAAAAGGCUGUAAUAGAGGUAUAGCGCUCAGCUAGACCGAACGGAAGCUUUCCGGGUACCGGGAGGUGGGAUUCGAACCCGUGGCUCGUGGGCAGAAGCUCAGCUAGACUGAAUGGAAGCUUUCCGGGUACCGGGCGGUGGGAUUCGAACCCGUGGCUCGCGGGCAGAAGCUCAGCUAGACUAAAUGGAAGCUUUCCGGGUACUGGGAGGUGGGAUUCGAACCUGUGGCUCGCGGGCAGAAGCUGAGAAAAAUUCCCACUGGAGACCCGACGUGUCUGGUCCUCCACAUUCGCACACCGUGGCUGAAUUUGGGGUGUGUGUCUGUGAUUCGAACUCGGGUCUCUCCCAGGUCUUGGCCCAACUCUCUGCAGGGGAAAGACUAGAAACUUGAGUCCUAGGUCUCUGUCCUGCGUGGGGGUGAGAAACUAGGUUUCUCUCUCUUGCCAGGCGCGGUGCCAGCGCCCGGGUCGUGUGGGGCGGCGAGAAAUUCGGGGAGCUGCCUCCACAUCCUGGGACGGGGAUUGGCGGGCACACCUCUGACCGCAGAGAGGCGGAGGCGGGUUCUAAUCUCAGCGCCUGGCUCAGCCAUCAAAGGCACAGAUUCCCCUGCCUUGCAUCUGCCCAGGCCUGUAACGCUGCUUUCUGUUAUCAAAGGAGGCGAGAUCGAGAUCCGCCCCACGGUUGCAAGCAGAGACUAUCUCCUGCCCCAUUAGCAAAGAGCUAGCGUAUUUUCCCGUGUAUAAGACGCCCCCAUGUAUAAGAUGACCCCUAAUUUUUUUUUUUUAGCCCAGAAUUAAGAAAUAAAUAAUUGCAACAUGUAAGAUGACCCCUGUUUUUUAUGAGCCCCAAAUUAAGAAAUAAAUAAUUGCAACACUCCAUGCGUAACACGACCCCUAUUCUUUUUGAGCCCCAAAUUAAGAAAUAAAUAAUUGCAACAUGUAAGAUGACCCCUAUUUUUUAUGAGCCCCAAAUUAAGAAAUAAAUAAUUGCAACACUCCAUGCGUAACACGACCCCUAUUCUUUUUGAGCCCCAAAUUAAGAAAUAAAUAAUUGCAACAUUCUGUGUGUGAGACGACCCCCCAAUUUUAAACUUAAAAAAAUUAGAGGGAAAUAUAGCCUUAUACAUGGAAUAAAAUCGGUAUUUUGCGGGGAGGGGGCGCUGGGGGGCGGGCAGGCACCGAAACAGGGCUCUGCUGUUGGCACUGAAGCACCAAGCGAAAAAGUGGGGCAGCUUUGGAAGUGGGGAGCAUAAGAAGGGGGCCCAUCCAGUUGGGAGAGGGACCCCCAGAAAUCAUCUAGACCAACCCGCCGCAAUGUAGGAAUCUCAACUAAAGCAUCCAAGAUGAGGGGGAGAGUUCUGCCGAAAAGCCUGGGAAUCGGGGUAGACUGAGUCUGAACUUGGAGGUUCCAUCAUAGGAAGAGCCAGCAGUGUCUGAACAGAUGCCCCAAGGAGGAUUCGAACACAGGACCAGCACUCUGAGGUUUCCAGAAACUGGGAUUCGGAAUUGGUGCGGCCUCUGACCGUGGAGGGAAAGGAUAGCCAUUUAACUUAUAUGCAGAAUUCAUCAUGUGAAAAGCUGGGCUGGAUGAAUCCCAAGACGGAAUUAAGAUUGCCGGAAGAAAUAUCAACAACCUCAGAUAUGCAGAUGACACAACCUUGAUGGCAGAAAGUGAGGAGGAAUUAAAGAACCUUUUAAUGAGGGUGAAAGAGGAGAGCGCAAAAUAUGGUCUGAAGCUCAACAUCAAAAAAUCAAAGAUCAUGGCCACUGGGCCCAUCACCUCCUGGCAAACAGAAGGGGAAGAAAUGGAGACAGUGAGAGAUUUUACUUUCUUGGGCUCCAUGAUCACUGCAGAUGGUGACAGCAGCCACGAAAUUAAAAGACGCCUGCUUCUUGGGAGAAAAGCAAAGACAAAUCUUAAAUCUUAAAAAGCAGAGACACCACCUUGCCAACAAAGGUCUGUAUAGUUCAAGCUCUGGUUUUCCCAGUAGUGAUGUAUGGAAGUGAGAGCUGGACCAUCAAGAAGGCUGAUGGCCGAAGAAUGGAUGCUUUUGAAUUCUGGUGCUGGAGGAGACUCUGGAGAGUCCCAUGGACUGCAAGAAGAUCCAACCUCUCCAUUCUGAAGGAAAUCAGCCCUGAGUGCUCACUGGAAGGACAGAUCCUGAAGCCGAGGCUCCAAUACUUUGGCCACCUCAUGAGAGGAGAAGACUCCCUGGAAAAGACCCUGGUGUUGGGAAAGAUGGAGGGCGCAAGGAGAAGGGGACGACGGAGGACGAGAUGGUGGGACAGUGUUCUCGAAGCUAAGAACAUGAGUUUGACCAAACUGCGGGAGGCAGUGGAAGACAGGAGGGCCUGGUCCAGGGGGUCACAAAGAGGCGGACACGACUAAACGACUAAACAAGAACAACAACAAACGCAGGCAUCCCCAAACUCGGCCCUCCAGCUGUUUGGGGGACUACAACUCCCAUCAUCCCUAGCUAACAGGACCACUGGUCAGGGAUGAUGGGAAUUGUAGUCCCAAAACAUCUGGAGGGCCGAGUUUGGGGGUGCAACUGCAGAACCCCCGGCGGAUAAAAGCGCUUGCUGCUCUGGCUUGGCAGGACACACACCGGUUAGUAAUCAAAAAACAAUACUGUCGGUUAUCAUAGCGCCGUUGCAGCAAAACCGCAUUUUCGAACGCUAGGGUUCUGGGCACCUCGUCUCGGAACGGACGUGGAAGAGUUGCAAAAAGGGUCAGAAGCAGAGCAAGGGGAUGGAGCGAGAAUGCGUUCUCCAGAAAAGUUGCAGCGUUUAGGAGUUUUGGAAAAAAGGCGAGGAAGAGGCGAGCUGAGAGGAGUUCCUAAAAUGAUGCGCUGCCUGGAGAAAGCGGAUUGAAUAAUAAUAAUAAUAAUAAAUUUAUUUAUACCCCGCCGUCCCCAGCCAAGACCGGGGUCAGGGCGGCUAACACCAGAUAUAAAACAAUUGAUUGAAAUACAACUUAAAAAACAAGAUUAAAAUGCAAGAUUAAAAUGCAGCCUCAUUUCAGUAGAAACUCAAAUCGAAAACUUUUUUGGGGAGGAAAACGUCAAGUCUUUAGCAAGGCUAACUAUCGAGGAUUGAAGAAAGUCUUUCUCUCUCGUAAGACCGGAAAGCUGAGUGUUGCAAGAUUCAGAACAGAUAAACAAAAGUUCCUUCUUGCAGCGCAGGAUUGGGGCUUGGGUGCAAAAUACAGUCCCUUUUCCUUUCCUCGCUUUCUGUCCUCCCCAGGACAGGUGGACGGAUCCAGGAACUGGAACUUCCCAAGCCAAAUUUGACUGGAGAAUUCACGUUGCGCAAAAUCUUACAGCGUGCGACUGAAAGGGGCGCAUCCUGCACAGCAACCGCUGCCUCUGGAGAGCCUGUGAGCCCUUCGCUCUCUCCUGCUAACUCCCCAAACGCAGCGAUGCGCCGUUAAACUGCGGAACUCCUUGCCACAAGAAGGAAGCGUCGGCCACCGAACUGGACGUCUUUAAAAGAGGAUAGAUUUGGAAAACCGUUAAAAAGAAGUGCAUGGAAAUUCAAUCAAGGGGAAGUGAGGAAGUCAAUUAACAAUGUUAAUAAGUGUAAUUUGAAUAAGGUUAUGAUCCAUGUUUGUUUAUUUUGUUUAUAAUUUUGCGAAAAUCAAUAAGUUUUUUUAUAAAAAAAUAAAAGAGGAUCGGGCAGAUGGAUGGCUCCGAGGUCGGAGGCGGCGAUGGUGCCGAAUCGCAGUUGCCGCGAACCGCAGGAAGGGAGGAGAGCGGGUCUUGCGUUCGAAUCCUGCUUCAAGGGCACCACUGCGGGAACAGGAUGCUGGUCUCAUCCUGCAGGGCUGCGAUUCCAAGGCAGGCAGGGUGAGGGCAGAGGCUCCCUGCGUUGCGUCUUGCGAAAUGGGGGGCGGUGAGAUAAUUGGGGUUUUUUUGGGGGGUGGGAGGCCUGGCUUUGGCACAGAAGCCAAGCGAAGCUUUUGUUGUGGGUUCGAUUGUGAUGUUCCUCCGUCACACCCUGCCUUUUCCAGACCUGCCCAGGCCUGGGGAAGGAAUGGCACAACGCGUUUUUCUUUUUCCGAGGGGGGCUAUUAAAAGGAGCGUUUAUGGGGCACGCAGACACCUGGGCCCCCCUCUCUCUGCCCACGGGGGCAGGACGCGGCUGUAAUUAAACCAUGCGAGGAGCGCAUUAACGAGUGCGCUGGGAGCCGUGCCCUGGAUUUAAUUAAUAAAAAGUCUCCACGCACGCAGGGCAGGGUGUGGCGAUGGCUUCUCUCCCUUUCUCCCACCCUGCUUGCGACUCUGGAGGAGCCGGCUGCGAGCUGGACGGCCUAGUGGUUAGCGCGCCCGGUUGCGGGUUCGAAUCCCCCUGCCUUGUGGCGCUUUUUUUUUAGUUUAAGGAAAAGGCAAGCGAGGAAAAAUGCAGUUGAAAGCUACUAGCCGCAAUGGCUACACUCUGCCCCUCCACUUUCAUGCAGUGCGUAGCUAAGCCUGUGGAACUCCCUGCCACUGCAUGGCUUUGGCGGAGGAUCAGAGAAGUUCACGGAGGAUAAGGCCCGCCAGUCAGAGGCAGCCAUGCUUCUGAAUGUCAGCUGGCGGGGACGACGAGAGGGGAGAGUUCUGGUCUUGGGUUCGGAUCCUGCCACAAUGGACGUCUGGUCGACAGCCCCUGUAAGAAUAGGAUGCUGGACCAGAUGGGCCAUGGGCCUGAUCCUGCAGCCGGGCUCUUCUGAGGUCCUAAUGGAUCCUCCAGCUCCAGAGCCAGUCUAUCUUAGAUUCCUAAGUUCUAAGGGGUAUUUGGCCACUCCGGGAGCAGGAGGCCGGACUUAGAUGGACCUUCUUGGACCUGAUCCUGCACGCUCUCCUUUUACACUAGGCUGCGAUACUCCCAAGUCAGGCUAGCGGUACAUCGAGGUCCCUUCCGCCUGAUGUCUCUGGUCUACAGCUGACAAAUAAUUUCAUUUCAAGGCUUGAACUGUAUCUGCGUAUAAGGACGAAAUGGAAAAUAAUACAAUAGUGCUUUUUAAAAACACAUAGGGAAAAGGAUUAUUUUAAGUUGUUGUUGUUGAGUCGUUUAGUCGUGUCCGCCUCUUCGUGACCCCCUGGACCAGAGCACGCCAGGCACUCCUGUCUUCCACUGCCUCCCGCAGUUUGGUCAAACUCAUGCUGGUAGCUUCGAGAACACUGUCCCACCAUCUGGUCCUCUGUCCUCCCCUUCUCCUUGUGCCCUCCAUCUUUCCCAACAUCAGGGUCUUUUCCAGGGCGUCUUCUCUUCUCAUGAGGUGGCCAAAGUCUUGGAGCCUCAGCUUCAGGAUCUGUCCUUCCAGUGAGCACUCAGGGCUGAUUUCCUUCCAGAAUGGAGAGGUCUGGAUCUUCUUGCAGUCCAUGGGACUCUCAAGAGUCUCCUCCAGCACCAGAAUUCAAAAGCAUCAAUUCUUCGGCGAUCAGCCUUCUUUAUGGUCCAGCUCUCACUUCCAUACAUCACUACUGGGAAAACCAGAGCUUUAACUAUACGGACCUUUGUUGGCAAGGUGAUGUCUCUGCUUUUUAAGAUGCUGUCUAGGUUUGUCAUUGCUUUUCUCCCAAGAAGCAGGCGUCUCUUAAUUUCGUGACUGCUCUCACCAUCUGCAGUGAUCGUGGAGCCCAAGAAAGUAAAAUCUCUCACUGCCUCCAUUUCUUCCCCUUAUGUUUGCCAGGAGGUGAUGGGACCAGUGGCCAUGAUCUUCGUUUUUUUGAUGCUGAGCUUCAGACCAUAUUUUGUGCAUGCUUUCCUAACUUUCUUUUCUGCGAAUUCUUGAAAAAUCAAGCAACUUCACCUUAUCGUGGUUUAUGUUUAUCAUUGCUAAACCGUUUAGGCGUUCGUGAGCCGUUGUUGAGACUUAUUGCUUUUUAAUAUAUCAAAACUUCUCUCGUCGGAGGCCGCUGUUGCUGGUAACGAUAAGAAAAUGCGUAAUGCAAUUAGAAGAUUUGGAAAAACGUUUUCCAAAUUCAAGUUUUGCUGGCCAGGACCGGUUGGAGUUAGGACUUGCAAUCGCGGAUGGAAAGCCCCAGACAGCUAGCCUACACUGGCUGGCAGCAGCGCCCUGCCAUUGGAGGGAUUUGCACCUGGGACCCUUCUACAUUCCAAGCAGGUGCUCUUACCCAACUGAGCAACGGCCGGCCCUCUUGCCUUCCGAUUAAGUUGGCGCUUUGGUUUGGGGGGAAGGAGGACGGCUGUGUGAAAGGCAGUUCGGUGCAAUGAGUGUCGGAGGACCCGGACCUGGGAGAGGUCAGGAUUCGAACUCGCCACCCGGCGGCCCGGAAGCCCGCCGGGCGUGACCUUAGGGGCUCCUCUCAGCCCCUUACAGGGCUGUUGUUGUUGGGGUUAGGUGAGGACCGAGGAGAGAACCACGUAGAUUCCCUUUUGAGCUGCUCGGAGGGGGGGGGGAAAAAGCACAUAAAUAUGCAAUAAUGAAAUAUAAGUAUUCAAAGACUCGGCUGCCCGUUCAACCUGCUGCAACCUGCAUAGAAAAUCUGGGCCCCAUUAGCUUUCCGGGGAACCCAGGAGUCCUGGCACGUGUGGGUCGUCCCCCGCCCCCCGGCCCGUUCUUUUCUGAAUCCUCGUUUGGGGGGCGCCCUUUGUAUAGUCACAUCCUUGCACAUCUGGGACGGAUUUAGGCAGGAAUGAGUGUGGGCUGAUGCGUGGGGCGGGCGGGUGGGGGUUGUUUGGCAGGGGGCGGGCUGCAACGAAGCCGCUCAGCAUCGGGGAGGGGGUGUCUGCUAUGGGGUGGGGCCGUGUGUGGCGUGCAAAGUCCGUCGCACGGGGAGAUUUACGGAAACUUUCCACUGCCGCAUCUGCUGUUAGGCCUUGUCGGCGUGUUGCUAGCAGGAUUUAAAAACAGCCCUGGCUCCCCCGGAAAAAUCCUUUGCUGUAGAGUUGUGUAGGGGCGGAAGGGGAACCCCAAAGGUCAUCCAGCCCAACCCCGCGCAAUGCAGAAAGCGCUGGUGCAGCCUUCGUCUUACAGCUCUACCUCUCUUUCAAAUCGGAACCAGUGAAGGCGGUGAAGGUCCUGUGUGAGUGUCUGGAGGCGGUUGGAGGAUGGAUGGCAGCUAACAGAUUGAGGUUGAAUCCUGACAAGACAGAAGAGCUGUUUCUGGGGGACAGGAGGCAGGCAGGUGUGGAGGAUUCCCUGGUCCUGAAUGGGGCGACUGCGUCCCUGAAGGACCAGGUGCGCAGCCUGGGAGUCAUUGUGGACUCACCGCUGUCCAUGGAGACUCAGGUCAAUUCUGUGUCCAGGGCAGCUGUCUUCCAGCUCCAUCUGGUACGCAGGAUGAGACCCUAUCUGCCUGCAGAAUGUCUAGCCAGAGUGGCGCAUGCUCUGGUUAUCUCUCGCUUGGACUACUGCAAUGUGCUCUACCUGGGGCUCCCGUUGAAGGUGAUCCAGAAACUGCAAUUAAUCCAGAUUGCGGCAGCUAGACUGGGGACUGGGAGCGGCCGCCGAGACCGCAUAACACUGGUCCUGAAAAACCUUCAUUGGCUCCCAGUACGUUUCCGAGCACAAUUCAAAGUGUUGGUGCUGACCUUGAAAGCCCUAAACAGCCUCAAAGGCCCAGUAGACCUGAAGGAGCAUCUCCACCCCCAUCGUUCUGCCCGGACACUGAAGUCCAGCUCUGAGGACCUUCUGGCGGUUCCCUCCCUGCGAGAAGCAAAGCUACAGGGAACCAGGCAGAGGGCCUUCUCGGUGGUGGCGCCCGCCCUGUAGAACGCCCUCCCACCAGAUAUCAAAGAGAAAAACAACUACCAAGCUUUUAGAAGACAUCUGAAGGCAGCCCUGUUUAGGGAAGCUUUUAAUGUUUAAUAGGUUAUUGCAUUUUAGUGUUUUGUUGGAAGCCGCCCAGAGUGGCUGGGGAAACCCAGCCAGAUGGGCGGGGUAUAAAUAAUAAACAAACAAAUAAAUAGAUCGAUAAUAAAUAAUAAUAUUAUUAUUAUUAUUACAGGUCUACCAAGCAGUCUUUAUUUCCCCUCGGAAGCGGGCUUUACUGAUCCAGACCCGUUGUGCCCUACCUAGCUCAGUAAUGUCUGCUCGGACUGGCAGCAGUGCAUCAUUCCCCCCCCCCCCGCCUGGUCGAUACCCUCCCCUCCCAACCCGCAGACGCCACCAGGGAUUGAACUCCCCCCCCCCCUCGGCCCUUCUGCACUCAAGGCAGGCUCUCUUGCCCCUGAGCUGAGGCCAGACCCGCCCUGAUCUGGCCACAGUGAUCCACAUGACGGUCACCUCCAGGCUUGACUACUGUAAUUCGCUCUACGCGGGGCUGCCCUUGAAGCUGUCCCAGAAACUCCAGCGGGUGCAGAAUGCCGCAGCGAGGCUCCUUACAGGGUCUCUGCCGUGGGAUCACAUUCACCCAGUGCUUUUCCAGCUGCACUGGCUCCCGGUGGAGUACAGGGUCAGGUUCAAGGUGCUGGUUUUGACCUUUAAAGCCCUUCACGGCCUAGGACCCUCGUACCUGCGGGACCGCCUCUCCUGGUCUGCCCCACGGAGAGCCUCAAGGUCCAUAAAUAGCAACACCCUAGAGGUCCCGGGCCCUAAGGAAGUCAGAUUAGCCUCAACCAGAGCCAGGGCCUUUUCAGUACUGGCCCCGGCUUGGUGGAACGCUCUGUCUCAUGAGACCAGGGCCCUGCAGGAUCUGAUUUCUUUCUGCAGGACCUGUAAGACAGAGUUGUUCCGCCUGGCCUUUGGCUUGGAAUCAGUUUGAUUCCCUCCCCCUCUUUCUUUUUUCUUUUUUCCUUUCUCCUCCUGUGAUGAGGCUACAUUUUAAUAUUGUAAUGUUUCAAUAUUUUAAUGUUGUAUUUUAAUCUUGUUUUUAAGCUGUAUUGAUUCAACUUGCUUUUGUUACUGCUUGUUAGCCGCCCUGAGCCCGGCCUUGGCUGGGGAGGGCGGGGUAUAAAUAAAAAUUAUUAUAGUAUUAUUGUUAUAAAACAAACCAGGUUCCUAGUCCUCAUGGCCGAGGAGGCUGAUUGUGAAAGGGCCUUCUGCAUGCCAAACAGGUGUCCCGCCACUGUCUUACGCCAAAUAUGUCGGGUGCCCGGAGUGUGGAAACACCCCCAGACACCCAUCCCUCGCCUCCGCCCUCCAGCUGCCUCCUAAUGAUUUUCCACUUGGCCCCUGUCCCGCUCCCCUUGGCCCCUGGGGCGUCGCAACUCGGAGGCGCCCUGUAAUUACCCAGAGUUCCCUGCUGGCACCCACCCUUAUUUGCUUAUCUCGUGGGUGGGGGUGAGAAAGUCAGCGAUUGCGGGGGGGGGGCGAGUUAAACAGGAAGGAAGGAGGAAAAUCUUCCUUUUGUUUCCAAUUUCCUCUGUAUCUAGUCUGGUCCGUCAAAUUGGGAUGGGGGGCAAGAGGAGCAGGGGACGCCUGGUUUUUUGGGGUGGGGUUUAUUUUUUGGGGGGUGUAAUUUGCAUCUUCUCGAACUCUGAGCCCUCCAGGAAGGGGGGGGCAGACUGGAGAGUUUCUGGCAGGUGGGGAGGAAUUGGCUAAGCCGGAGGGGAGGGCGAGGAAGGAAAUGGAGAUUGGGGGGGGGGGGCAGGCGGUGUAAUGUCAGGACCUGAGGGCUCCUGGUGGAGACGGAAUGGCUCCCAGAGAGGGAACAAACAAAACCAACUAGCUAGAUCCAUAGAGUCGGAAGGGGGACCCCAAAGGUCAUCCAGCUGAACCCCCUCUGCAACGCAGGAAUCUCAGAUUUAAACAUAUCAAUCACCUUUACAUUUAGGAUUCUCAGAAUCCUUUGACCAUCCCUUUUUUAUUCAACUUAUCAUUCCCCCCCCAUUUGUUCUCUAUUAUUAAAUUCUCCAAUAUAUUUUGUCCUUUACAAGUAUUACUCCAAUCCUUUUACUGCUUGCGACGUUCUCUUAAAUAGACUAUAAAUUUCCCCCCCCAUUCUUUCGUAAAUUUCUUCUUGUCCUGAUCUCUGAUUCUCACGGUCAGUUUCGCCAUUUCGGCAUAGACCAUUGUCUUCAUCAGCCGUUCUCUGGUUGGAACCUUAUUUUCUUUCCAUCUCUGGGCCAGUAAUAUUCUUGCUGCAGUCUACAUAAAUAAUCUUUUCUGCUCUUUCGGAAUCUCUGUGCCUAAAAUACCUAAGCCUCUGGUUUUCCCCACAAAUGUUAUUUUAAACAUUUUUUCCCAACUCAUUAUAUAUCGUUUACCAGACUGCGUUUGUUACCUUUCACAUCCAACACAGAACGUGCCCAUCGGAAAAUUAUUCCAGUCUCCUUUCUCGCAGCUUGAAUCUGUUGGUUCAGCAGAAAACCAGCUAAUUAAGCAAUUUUUUGUUUUGUUUUUUUAAAAUGCAAUUUAUUGGUUUUGUGGCAUUUUGGCCCUCUCGACAACCCCCCUGCGAGGAAGACCCCCUCUAUGUUUCCGCUGUCUUUCCCCUGUUUGGGAGAACUGGGAACAGGGAAGUGGAUUGGCCAAAGGCUGUGUGGCAAGACAGUGGCAAAACAACAACGACCAGGACUGGAACCCGGUGACCCGAAAACUACAAUUAAUCCAGAAUGUGGCAGCUAGACUGGGGACUGGGAGACCACAUAACACCGGUCCAGAAAGACCGACAUUGGCUCCCAGUACAUUUCCGAGCACAAUUCAAAGUGUUGGUAAAGGUAAAGGGACCCCUGACCAUUCGGUCCAGUCGUGACCGACUCUGGGGUUGUAGCACUCAACUCGGUUUACUGACCGAGGGAGCCGGCGUACAGCUUCCAGGUCAUGUGGCCAGCAUGACUAAGCCGCUUCUGGCGCACCAGAGCAGCGCACAGAAACUCCGUUUACCUUCCCGCCGGAGCGGUACCUAUUUAUCUACUUGCACUUUGACGUGCUUUCGAACUGCUAGGUUGGCAGGUGCAGGGACUGAGCAACCGGAGCUCACCCCGUCGCGGGGAUUCGAACCGCCGACCUUCUGAUCAGCAAGUCCUAGGCUCUGUGGUUUAACCCACAGCACCUGCUGACCUUUAAAGCCCUAAACGGCCUCAAAGGCCCAGUAGACCUGAAGGAGUGUCUGUCCGGACACUGAGGUCCAGCUCCGAGGGCCUUCAGGCGGUUCCCUCCCUGCGAGAAGCCAAGUUACAGGGAACCAGGCAGAGGGCCUUCUCGGUGGUGGCACCCACCCUGUGGAACGCCCUCCCUUCAGAUGUCAAGGAAAUAAACAACUAUCUGACUUUUAGAAGACAUCUGAAGGCAGCCCUGUUUAGGGAAGCUUUUAAUGUUUGACGCAUUACUGCAUUUUAAUAUUCUGUUGGAAGCCGCCCAGGGUGGCUGGGGACGCCCAGCCAGAUGGGCCGGGUAUAAAUAGUAAAUUAUUAUUAUUAUUAUUAUUCGAAUCCUGCUUUCUGGGUUUCCCAUUGCAGUGUCCGGUUGGCCAGGAUGCUGGCCUAGCUGGGGCCCUGAUCCAGCGAGCUCUUCUUGCAUUCGCAAAACCCUUUCCCAUCUUGACUCCCAUGGUCCUCUGCUCAAGUCGCGCUUUUGAGACCCCCCUCCCCUUCCAACAUGGGGGAGAAAGGGUGGGCGGGGGGCUUGCUCAAACAAAGGGCCCUUUUGUUUUCUCGGGAGACCUUGGCAGAGGCAGAGAGCCCUAUUCAGGUAUCCAUCCCUUUGCCACCAUGAACCAAGAAUUUUUUUCGUGAGCUGGGGGAUGCAAACACACACACACCCUGGUUUGCAUUGAGGGGAGCUGGGGGGGUUGUUAGCUUUAGCCGGAUCAGGUCCCUGGACCACCUGCAUCCUGCCCUCAAAGUGGCUGACCAGCUGCCCUAAAAUCCUCAAACAGGAUUCGAACCCAAGACCCGCUCUCCCCUCCUGCGGUUUCCAGCAUUCGGUCGCCUUGCUGCCUCCAGUUGUGCAGGACGUAGUAUAGCCAUCCUGGCUAGUAGUUUGUGGACAGCCCUCUCCUUAAUGGCCCUCUUUUUGAAAGUGGCUGCCUCAAGUGGGAGGGAGUUCCGCAGGCUAACUGUGUGCUUCACUUUGCACAACUGAAGCGGGGAGGACUCUCGUGCAGCAGAGUUGCGUCCCCAUGGGGAAAAGGAAAAACCCUCUUCUGAAGCUGCCCGGUUAUUCCUGUGGGAGGGAGUUCCACAGUUGAACGGCGCGUCGGAGAAGGACUUUUUAAAAUAAAAAAUUCCAGAAAGCAGAUAAAGGGGGACAGGGAGGCGUCAGAUGCAGAUGAUGUAAGGGGGGGGCACGUGUGUUGGUGAAAUGGUGGGAGUUGUCUUCCUAGCCCUGGGCGGUGGCGGCAGCCGCAGAGCCUGUUUGAGGAAAUGACGCGAGUCCGGCUUUUUAUAAAUAUGCCGCCACCGAGUGACCACCUUUGACCCUUUGGGAGUCAGCGCCGUUCCCAGAACCUCGUGCAAUUGUGCGAGGGGAGAGGGAACGGGAAUUGGCUCAGCGUUUUUUUCCCCUUUUUGGUCUGUGUGAAAAAACAAGAUCAGGGGUUUUGUGGGUGUGGAUUUCAGCCCGGAUUUCUGGACCACCUGGCUGGCAAGGUGCAUAGAUAGAUAGAUAGAUAGAUAGAUGAUAGAUAGAUAGAUAGAUAGAUAGAUAGAUAGAUAGAUUUUUGUUGUUGUUUAGUUGUCUAGUCAUGUCCGCCUCUUCCUGACCCCCUGGACCAGAGCACGCCAGGCACUCCUGUCUUCCACUGCCUCCCGCAGUUUGGUCAAACUCAUGCUGGUCGCUUCCAGAACACUGUCCCACCAUCUCGUCCUCCGUCGUCCCCUUCUCCUUGUGCCCUCCAUCUUUCCCAACGUCAGGGUCUUUUCCAGGGAGUCUUCUCUUCUCAUGAGGAGGCCAAAGUCUUGGAGCCUCAGCUUCAGGAUCUGGUCCUUCCAGUGAGCACUCAGGGCUGCUUUCCUUCAGAAUGGAGAGGUUGGAUCUUCUUGCAGUCCAUGGGACUCUCAAGAGUCUCCUCCAGCACCAGAAUUCAAAAGCAUCCAUUCUUCGGCGAUCAGCCUUCUUUAUGGUCCAGCUCUCACUUCCAUACAUCACUACUGGGAAAACCAUGGCUUUUACUAUACGGACCUUUGUUGGCAAGGUGAUGUCUCUGCUUUUAAGAUGCUGUCUAGGUUUGUCAUCGCUUUUCUCCCAAGAAGCAGGCGUCUUUUAAUUUCGUGGCUGCUGUCACCAUCUGCAGUGAUCAUGGAGCCCAAGAAAGUAAAAUCUCUCCCUGCCUCCAUUUCUUCCCCUUCUAUUUGCCAGGAGGUGAUGGGCCCAGUGGCCAUUAUCUUCGAUUUUUUGAUGUUGAGCUUCAAACCAUAUUUUGCGCUCUCCUCUUUCACCCUCAUUAAAAGGUUCUUUAAUUCCUCCUCACUUUCUGCCAUCAAGGUUGUGUCAUCUGCAUAGGUAGAUAGAUAUUACAUGAAGCAAAUUCUCUUGGGAAUUUGCACCCUUUAAAAAUGAAUUGCACCCAACAUCUGCGGCUGUCACUCAGUGAGAAGGUACAAUUUUAAAAAGGGGACCUUUGGCAGCAACGGCAGCAGAGACGCUCUCUCUUGUUUAAGAUGCAAUUUUGUUCCCUUCCGAAUGCCUGUUUUAAAUGCCUAUUCCGCGUCUGACCUCCUUUAACAAGGUUUUGUUUUGAAACGGUUUUAAGUGCUGGGGCGAUGAGCCUGCUGGCGCGUUUGCCAAGCUAAGCAGGGUCUGGCCCGGUUUAACAUUAGAUGGGAGACCGUGUGUUGAGAUUGCUCCAUUGCAGGGGGGUUGAUCUGGAUGACCCUCCGGUGUCCCUUCCAGGUCUGCGAUUCUAGGAAGGAAUAAUACUUCAUUGCUGUUGUUAAUAUUGCUGCGUUCAUUGUGCACUCCCAUCUUCCUUUGCAAUGCCUUGCUUCUGAACACUUUUAAGGUAACGUCUUGCGGCUUCCUCGUGAGGAGGAGACGGGAAUGAAGCUCUGAUCUGCUCCUCCUUCAGAGGACCCAGGCGUCCUGGAUUCACAGAUUCCACCCCCCAAAAAAAUGCCCCAUGCUCCUGCUCCCCCCAUUUUUUCCAAACUCAACAGGUGGACAGGCAGAUUUAUAAACCGCGAGGCUUUUAACAUGUCUUAAAAGACACGAAGAAUAAAGAAAACACAAACCCCUGCAAAGAAAAAAACCUUCCUGACUUGCAUUUCCUCAAGCAAGCAGGCAUCUGAAUCGAUAACAUUGGAGAUAUCUUGGCUCACGACCUGAUUCAAGAGACUCUUUUAAAGCGUUAAAUUUCAUUAAACGUAAAACAAGACGAACGGCGUACGUAUUCCAGCGAAAGGGAGGCAAACUCACAGGUCAGGGAUACAGGGUCAGGAAAUGAAAGAUAUAAAGAGAAAUGUUAAAAGGGAUAUUUAGCGGGAUAGAUAAGAGCCUAAACAGCGGAUCUAGAACUCUUGUAAUCAAAACCAUCGCCGGAUGAAAUCAUAUUUUGGAUGCAAUUUGCCAUCUGUGCGGAUGCGUUGCUAAAUAAACCACAGAAAGUCUGCCAGCACCCAUUAUUAUGAUUAUUAAUUAUUAUUAUUGGUUAGUAAUAUGACGUCUGUUGCUUCACCAGCAGGUGCCCCGGGAGGGAUGCGGCAGUUUAAAAUUCAGAAUUAGAAACCGUUAAAAGAAAUUGCAGUCUUGGGAAUUGGCGUGGGCCUUGAAAAACACACUAUUCACUGGUGACCAAUUGGGGUGAAGAUGGGCGACUCCAGCGUUUGCCAAAAGCAAAUAUAUUUUUAUAUAUGUUGGGGCAACUUAGAUGGGCAGGGUGCGAAUAAUAAAAUAAUCACUCUCAUCGUUAAUGAUUAUAAUAAUUUGCACCUUAGGCAGUGAGAUCAGUGACUGAUCUGUAACGCCGAACCUCAAAACGUCAACAUUUAUUGUCCCGGCGAUUUGCCCUUUUAACGAGAAACGCAAACUUUCCCGAAGGUUGAGAUUUAAGGGAUUUAGAUGGCUUGUUUUUUACUAAGAUAACAUUUUGACCCUGAAAGCCUGUUGACCCGUAAUCCCCAAAUCCGCAUUAGGGCAGUGGCUUUAUAGGAUGUGCGCAAGCUUCCCAGUUACACAGAACUCUUCUUAUACAUCAUUUUUUAUUAAUUUUAACGUAUCGUUUUCAACAAUAAGUAAACAUACUUAUACAUCGUAUACAAAUUUUUGGACUUCCAUCAAUCUCGUCUGAAAAUUUUCCAAUCUAAUCACUUAAUAUACAUUUCUUAUUUUCCCUAUUACUUUUAAAUCUCAUGACUAAUAUAUCUGUUCUUUUCCAGUUUGUAACGUGUCAUAGGUUUUUCCUUAUAAAACUUCUUGUAGUCCUACUAGCGUAAUUUGUUGAUUACAAUUGCUCUUCAAAUAAUUCAUAUACUUCUUCUGUGAAUCUCUGGUCCCGCAGGUUUCAAAUCCUUCCUCUCAUUUUGCCCAAUUCUGCGUAGUCCAUUAAUUUUGUCUGCCAUUCUUCCUUUGUCGGAAUUUCUUCUUGCUUCCAUUUCUGGGCUAACAACACUCUUGCCGCUGUUGUUGCAUAUAAAAUCAAUUUACCAUCUUGCCUAUUAAUAUCCUGACUGAGUAAAAAAGGCUUCUGGUUUUUUAAAAAAUGUAUAUUUCAACAUCUUUUUCAUCUCUUUAUAUAUCAUUCCCCAGAAGUCCUUUACUUUUUUACAUUCCCACCACAUAUGAUAAAAUGUUCCUUCUUUUUCUUUACGUUUCCAACAUUUGCUAUUUGUCUUAUACAUUUUAGCUAAUUUCACAGGUGUCAUAUAAUAUAAUAAUAAUAAUAAUUUAUUAUUUAUACCCUGCCCAUCUGGCUGGGUUUCCCCAGCCACUCUAGGCGGUUUCCAACAAAACACUAAAAUACAAUAACCUAUUAAACAUUAAAAACUUCCCUAAACAGGGCUGCCUUCAGAUGUCUUCUAAAAGUCAGGUAGUUGUUUAUUUCCUUGACAUCUGGUGGGAGGGUGUUCCACAGGGCGGGUGCCACCACCGAGAAGGCCCUCUGCCUGGUUCCCUGUAACUUGGCUUCUCGCAGGGAGGGAACCGCCAGAAGGCCCUCGGAGCUGGACCUCAGUGUCCGGGCUGAAGGAUGGGGGUGGAGACGCUCCUUCAGGUCUACUGGGCCUUUGAGGCCAUUUAGGGCUUUCAAGGUCAGCACCAACACUUUGAAUUGUGCUUGGAAACAUCUUGGGAGCCAAUGGAGGUCUUUCAGGACUGGUGUUAUGUGGUCUCCCAGUCCCCAGUCUAGCUGCCGCAUUCUGGAUUAGUUGCAGUUUCCAGGUCACCUUCAAAGGUAGCCCCACGUAGAGCACAUUGCAGUAGUCCAAGCGGGAGAUAACCAGAGCAUGCACCACUCUGGCGAGACAGUCUGCGGGCAGGGAGGGUCUCACCCUGCGUACCAGAUGGAGCUGGUAAACAGCUGCCCUGGACACAGAACUGGUCUGUGCCUCCAUGGACAGCGGUGAGUCCAGAAUGACUCCCAGGCUGCGCACCUGGUCCUUCGGGGGCACAGUUGCCCCAUUCAGGAACGGAGUCCCCCACACCUGCCCGCCUCCUGUCUCCCAAAAACAGUACUUCUGUCUUGCCAGGAUUCAACCUCAAUCUGUUAGCCGCCAUCCAUCCUCCAACUGCCUCCAGACACUCACACAGGGCCUUCACUGCCUUCACUGGUUCUGAUUUGAAAGAGAGGUAGAGCUGGGUAUCAUCCGCAUAUUGAUGGACACCCAGCCCAAACCCCCUGAUGAUCUCUCCCAGCGGCUGCAUAUAGAUGUUAAAAAGCAUGGAGGAGAGGACACAUAUACCAUCUAUACAUCGUUUUCAUCAUAUUCUCCAGUUACACAGAACUCCUCAUCAAGAGGUGACAAAGAGUUCUGUGGCGCUCAAAAGCUUGCAAAACGAUUUGGUGGCAAAUAAACUCAAGUGCUAUACAAAGCAGGGCCAGUAAAGGGUGUUGGCUACUAGGGGAGGCAUCCGAGGGCCAGGUGGGGAAUGGCAUUCGGCCCCCCGGGACUGUAGUUCCCGCAUUCCUCUGUAGAUCAUUAACCCCUUCUGGUUCUCUCCGUCGCAACGUUCUGUGCAAGUCGAAUCCUGGCAAAAAUAAAAUAAUGAAUGUCAGAAUUCUCAGCUUUUCUGUCUCUCUUUCUUUCUUUUUGAAUUUGCAUUUUAUUUAUUUGUUAACAUUCUUAUAUUACAUCGGUAAACGUUGUCCUAUUACAUUACAGGACUUAACUAUAAUUUCCAACAUGUGUACAAAAAUUAUAUACAAAUUUUAUAUACCGGUACCUAGAAAGAAGAUGAAACAAAAAAAGGAGAAAAUACGAAAAAAAAUUGCCCCCCAAAAUCAUAUACCCACCAACACACUAAACUUCCUGUCUUUCCUGUUGUAUAUUCCUUUUUUUACAAAUGAAUGUUCUCUUGUUAUUGUAUGUAUCUUUACAUAUUAUCUAAUAUGUUCCUAUAUCAAUAUGUGCUCUUAGUCUUGUUUCUCAACUCGGUCUCACUCCAACAUCAAUCAAAUCCUGUCUCUCUCUCUCUUUCAGAGAGUCUUAUGAACACCAAGUUGGAGACAGUGGACCUUCGAUGGAUGACGUAUCCUGCGGAUGGGCAGGUGAGGCAGCGGGAAGGUGGGAUAAUAAUAAUAAUAAUAAUAAUAAUAAUAAUUUUAUUUUAUUUAUACCCCACCCUUCCCGGUUCAAAAACCGGGCUCAGGGCGGCUAACAACAAAUUUAAAACACUUUUAAACACUCAAUUAUAAAAGCAGCAUAAAACAUGUAUGAAAACGUGAAUAACAAUAACAUUCAAAAAUCAAUAGAUAAUCAAAGUCCCUGACCUCCCUCGGGUCCAGUUGCCUCAUGUCUUCCGUCAGCUCAGAGAGUCGGGGCCAAGGUCUGCUAGGUGGGUGGGAAGAAAUAAUAGAAAUAAUCAUAGCCCAAUCGCCUGCCUGGCAGGAAACCCUGAGGCAGAAAGUUUUUUAUUAUAAAUGUGAAACUUCCCAGCUUUUGGAAAGGGAGUGUGGGGAAAGCAGGUUGAGAAACCCAGAGGCCGUUACCGUAUUUUUCGCUCUGUAGGACACACUUUUCCCCGCCAAAAAUGAAGGGGAAAUGUGUGUGCGUCCUAUGGGGCGAAUGCAGGGGGGAGGCAGGCAGGAAAAGCCCCCCACAAGCUCCGCGCGGCUCUUGCGGGUUUUUCCCCAGGAGGGAGAAGGGACUGAUGCGGCCAGUCAGUCCCUUCUCCCUCCUCGUAGAAAAGCCCACAGGAGCCGUGCGCUCCUUAAAGGGUGCGUGGCUCCUGUGGGCUUUUGCGGGAGGUGGGGGUAUUGCCAUAGCCGCGCGCAGCCUCACCAGCCGGAGAGGUUGCGCGGGGCUAAAGAAGCCAUAGCCGUGCGCAGCCUCUCCCUGCUGGACAGGCUGUGCAUGGCUAUGGCAGAAGCCAAGACAGCCAGCGGGAUGGAUCCCGCUCGCUGUCUUGGCUUCUUUGCUCUUUGGGGCUGGGGGGGGGGGGAAUCUGGGCUUCCCUGGCAGCUCCAAGAAGCUCGCGGAGCAGCGGGAAGGCUGCGCGCCUUUCCGCUGCUCCCCGACCUGCUCUUUGGGGCUGGCGGUGGGCUUCCGCACACCAGCCCCAAAGAGUAGGUUGAAAGGAACCUGAAGCCUCCAGAGCGCAGCGGAAACUCCCGCCGCGCUCCGGAGGCUUCGGGUUGCCUUCACUGAAGCCUGGAGAGUGAGAGGGGUCGUUGCGCACUGACCCCUCUCGCUCUCCGGGCUUCCAAGGUAGCCGCCUGAAGGCGACUGAACGCACCUUGAACGGCACCUUGUUUUAGAGGGGGAGAACAAGAAAAAAAUAUUCUCCCCCUCUCUGCGCAGCGCCUCCUGCCGCUUCGCUGAAGGGGCGCUGGGCAGAGAGGGGGAGAGUUUUUUUUCCUUGUUCUCCCCCUUCUGAAACGAGGUGCGUCCUAUGGUCCGGUGCGCCCUAUAGAGCGAAAAAUACGGUAAUUCUCGUCAUUUGUGGUGUGCGGCAGCAGGUUUAGGAACAGAAUUGGAAGCGGGGUAAACAGGAGUGCCUCUGGGGGUAUACAGAGCGCGUUUGGGACUGGAAUUGGAAGCGGGGUGAACAGGAGUGCCUCUGGGUGUAUACAGAGCGCGUUUGGGAUCGGAAUGGGAAGCGGGGUAAACAGGAGUGCCUCUGGGCGUAUACAGAGCGCGUUUGGGAUCGGAAUGGGAAGCGGAGUGAACAGGAAUGCCUCUGGGCGUAUACAGAGCACGUUUGGGAUCGGAAGUGGAAGCGGGGUAAACAGGAAUGCCUCUGGGUGUAUACAGAGUGCGUUUGGGAUCAGAAUGGGAAGCGGGGUAAACAGGAGUGCCUCUGGGUGUAUGCAGAGUGCGUUUGGGACUGGAAUGGGAAGCGGGGUGAGCAGGAGUGCCUCUGGGUGUAUGCAGAGUGCAUUUUCCUCUGGUCCUGAGUGACUGCAGCCCUUCCAGAUCUCAAAAUCCCCUCUGUAACUUGGAGCAGGGCUUUCAGCGUGGCUCUUGCUGGGUGGAUCAGCAUUCCUGUUGGGAUCUGGCCGGCGCCUGCUAUCUGCUCCUUCUGGAAACAAUUGGAGACUUUUUUUUAUUAUUCCAACAAGCUUUCGCAGCUGAACGAAUGUUUCUCUGCUGCGUUUUCUGCUGUUUUUAAAAACUCCCCUUCUCUAUAAACUGUUGCAUGCAAUUCUUUUUAUUUGCAUCUCGUGCGUCGCCUCGAGAUCUGUAUGUUUGUGGGAGGCGAGGAAAUAAUAGAACAGCAGAGCUGUAGGGUUGGAAGGGGGCCAGCGGGUCAUCUAGACCAACCCCCUGCAAUACUAAUAAUUUUUUUUAAUUUUUUUUUAAAGAUCUGGGUCAGGGCAAAGUGGGACCCAUCUAGUCCAGCAUCAUACUGGCCAAACAGAGGCCAGUUAUAGGAAGCCCACAAACAGGACUUGUCAGCCAAUGAAGCUGAACAUAAAAUCCUCUUUUAAAGCCCUCCGAAUCGGUUUAUUGCAGGGUGUGUUCGUUAGGCUUUCAGAUCGCUGAACGGUUAAAAGCACAGUUUAAAGAUGAAGCCAGAUUAUUAAAAACAGCAGCUCAAAUCUCAGAACAAAAGAAAUAACGCUCCAGACGUAGAUGGGUCGGGAUUUAACUGUGAGCAGCCCAGGAAACGAGAAGAAAAAGGGAGUUUUUUGGCACCCUGAGAAGAGCUUCCCCAACAUGGCGCCUUCCAGUAGGUUUGGACUACAACUCCCAUGGGCCUUUGCAUCGUACGGCUGUGCUGGCAGGGGCUGAUGGGAAGUGUAGCCAUAAAUGGCCGUGCUGACAGGGGAUGAUGGGAAGUGUGGCCCCAAUGGCCAUGCUGACAGGGGCUGAUGGGAAGUGUAGCCAUAAAUGGCCGUGCUGACAGGGGAUGAUGGGAAGUGUGGCCCCAAAUGGCCGUGCUGACAGGGGAUGAUGGGAAGUGUGGCCCCAAUGGCCUUGCUGACAGGGGCUGAUGGGAAGUGUGGCCCCAAUGGCCGUGCUGACAGGGGCUGAUGGGAAGUGUGGCCCCAAUUGCCGUUCUGACAGGGUCUGAUGGGAAGUGUGGCCCCUAUGGCCUUGCUGACAGGGGCUGAUGGGAAGUGUAGUCUCAAUGGCCGUGCUGACAGGGGCUGAUGGGAAGUGUAGUCUCAAUGGCCGUGCUGACAGGGGCUGAUGGGAAGUGUGGCCCCAAUGGCCGUGCUGACAGGGGCUGAUGGGAAGUGUGGCCCCAAUGGCCGUGCUGACAGGGGCUGAUGGGAAGUGUGGCCCCAAUGGCCGUGCUGACAGGGGCUGAUGGGAAGUGUGGCCCCAAUGGUCUUGCUGACAGGGGCUGAUGGGAAGUGUGGCCCCAAUGGCCGUGCUGACAGGGGCUGAUGGGAAAUGUAGUCUCAAUGGCCGUGCUGACAGGGGCUGAUGGGAAGUGUGGCCCCAAUGGCCGUGCUGACAGGGGCUGAUGGGAAGUGUGGCCCCAAUGGCCGUGCUGACAGGGGCUGAUGGGAAGUGUGGCCCCAAUGGCCGUGCUGACAGGGGCUGAUGGGAAGUGUGGACCCAAUGGCCGUGCUGACAGGGGCUGAUGGGAAGUGUGGCCCCAAUGGCCGUGCUGACAGGGGCUGAUGGGAAGUGUGGCCCCAAUGGCCGUGCUGACAGGGGCUGAUGGGAAGUGUAGCCAUAAAUGGCCUUGCUGACAGGGGCUGAUGGGAAGUGUGGCCCCAAUGGCCGUGCUGACAGGGGCUGAUGGGAAGUGUGGACCCAAUGGCCGUGCUGACAGGGGCUGAUGGGAAGUGUGGCCCCAAAUGGCCGUGCUGGCAGGGGCUGAUGAGAACCGUUUUCCAAAAUGGCCGUGCUGACGGGGCUAAUUGGAUCCGUGGCCCAAAACAUCGAGAAGGCCACCGGCUUGGGUUGCUCUGAACACCCGACACACUUUCAAAAUGUCCUCUCUCUCUCUCUCUUUGUGGCAGUGGGAGGAGCUGAGCGGGCUGGACGAGGAGCAGAACAGCGUCCGCACCUUCGAGGUGUGCGGCGUCCGCUCCCCGAACCAGAACAACUGGCUGCGCACCACCUUUGUCCCUCGCUCGGGGGCCACGCACGUCUACGCCGAGCUGCGCUUCACGGUGGUGGAGUGCUUCUCCAUCCCGCAGGUCACGCGCUCCUGCAAGGAGACCUUCAACGUCUUCUUCUACGAGGCCGACCGCGACCUGGCCACCGAGUCCUUCCCGCCCUGGAUGGAGAACCCCUACGUCAAGGUGGACACGGUGGCGGCCGAGCACCUGACGCGCAAGCGAGCGGGCAUGGAGGCCUCCGGGAAGGUCAACGUCAAGACCCUCAAGAUCGGACCCCUCUCCAAGGCCGGCUUCUACCUCGCCUUCCAGGACCAGGGAGCUUGCAUGGCUCUGCUCUCUGUCCGACUCUUCUACAAGAAGUGUCCCGCUGUCACCGUCAACUUCACCCUCUUCCAGGAGACGGUGCCCCGCGAGCUGGUCAUGCCAGUGGCCGGCCGGUGCGUGCCCAACGCCGUCAAGGUCAGCGCCCGGCCACUCAGCAUGUACUGCCGCGAGGACGGGGAGUGGGCCGAACAGACCGUCACCGACUGCACCUGCGCGGCCGGACACGAGCCGUCCGAGGAGAACACCAAGUGCCGAGGUGAGGAUGCCCCGCAGAGGAGGAGCGUCGUUAUGAUUAUUACAGUGGUACCUCCAGUUGGGGACGCAGGUGGCGCUGUGGGUUAAACCACAGAGCCUAGGGCUUGCUGAUCAGAAGGUUGGCGGUUCAAAUCCCCGUGACGGGGUGAGUUCCCGUUGCUCAGUCCCUGCUCCUGCCAACCUAGCAGUUCGAAAGCACACCAGUGCAAGUAGAUAAAUAGGUACCACUCCGGUGGGAAGGUAAACGGCGUUUCCGUGUGCUGCUCUGGUUCGCCAGAAGCGGCUUAGUCCUGCUGGCCGCAUGACCCGGAAGCUGUACGCCGGCUCCCUCGGCCAAUAAAGCGAGAUGAGCGCCGCAACCCCAGAGUCGGUCACUACUGGACCUAAUGGUCAGGGGUCCCUUUACCUUUACCUCUGGUUGUGGAUGGGAUCCGUUCCGGAGCUCCGGCUGGAUCCCAAGCUUCCCGCAACCAGAGGUGUUGUUUCUGUGCAUGCGCGAGCGCCAAAACCCAAUACUUCUGUGUUUGCCGCUUUCGCAACCCAAAGUUUACAUUACCCGAGGGUAACGUAAGCCGAGGCAGGACUGUAUUUCGUCAUUGAUCUCAGUUAUAUACGUCUAUCAAUGAUAAUAAUAAUAAUAAUAAUAAUAAUAAUAAUAAUAAUAAUUUAUUUAUACCCUGCGCAUCUGGCUGGGCUUCCCAGCCACUCUGGGCAGUUUCCAAUAAAAUAUUAAAAUACAGUAAUGCAUCAAACACUAAAAGCUUUUCUAAACAGGGCUGCCUUCAGAUGUCUUCUAAAAGUCUGGUAGUUGUUGUUCUCUUUGACAUCUGGUGGGAGGGCCUUCCACAGGGUGGGGGCCACCACCGAGAAGGCCCUCUGCUAUCUAUCUAUCUAUCUACCUACCUACCUACCUACCUACCUACAGGGCACCUCCACACUUGCCCAUGUGCUGUGCCUAGAAAGCACAAGUCCUGACAGUUUCACGCUUGACCCACGCUUUCUAAGCAUGGGUCCAAUGAGUUUCCCCCUUGACCUCCUCUCCUUUCCAAGGGAAAACCCGCUCUUCGUGAUAUAGCAGAACAAAUGGCAAUCUGGGGGAAACCCAGAUUCCUGUUUGCUCUGAUUGAGCACUAAAGAGCAGUUUUUUCCCCAGGAGGGAAAAUGUUGUUUAUUCAAUCUGUAUACAGUGGUACGUUGGUUUACAAACUUAAUCCAUUCCGGAUGUCCGUUCUUAAACCAAAACCGUUCUUAAACCGAGGCAGGCUUUCCCUAAUGAGACCUCCCACCGCCGGUGCCCUUCCACCAUUCGGAUUCCGUUCUUAGACCGAGGCGAAGUUCUCAAACCAAGACACUAUUUCCGGUUUUGCAGAGUUUGCAAACCAAAUCGUUCCUAAACCGGACAGUUCUUAAACCGAGGUACCACUGUACUGCCCUUCGUCAGCAGAUUGCGGGGAAUCUCACAACAUAAAAACACACAGACGGCAAUAAAUAAAUAAAGGAGGCGAGUAAAUGGGAAGCCAGAAAGGUGCAAAGGGGUAGCCAAGACUCUGAGCUCUCGGUGCUGACGCUGUUCAAAGAUGAUGAAGAUUUUAUUUAUUUUAUUUAUGCCCUGCCCGUCUUGCUGUGUUGCCCCAGCUCUGUGUGGCUUCCAACACAUUAUAGGAUGGACUCUGGCUCCCAUCCAGGACUUGCCAUCAUGGGAUCUUCUGGCACACAACUUUGUGAAGUUAAUUAUUGAUUCUAUAACCAAGGACUUCCCUCAAGCCUUUAGGGGGUUUUUUGUGGGGGGGGGGGAUCUGACCUAAAUCUACUGACUGUUGACUUCAAAUGGAUGAAAAAGACUAUUGUGAGACCAAGGGAGAAUACUCUUCUCCCUCCAGGCCAUGAGUCAUAGAAUUGUAGAGUUGGAAGGGACCCCGACGGUCAUCUAGCCCAACCCGCUGCAAUGCAGGAAUGUGUAGCUGUCCCAUACGGGUAUCGAACCUGAAAACUUGGUGUUAUCAGUGCCACGCUAUAAACAUCAUUCUCUAAAUCUCCCGUCGCUGGUUAUGAACUGAAUUUCGCUCCUGCUUUUCAUCGAAGAAGUUCUCAGGUAGUGGUUCUGCCCUCACAUCAACAACCCUGAAGGGUAGGCCAGCACGGGUUCGAAUCCUCGCUCAGCUAUGAAAGAGGGGAUCUUGAGGGGUCAGUCAGGGCCUCUUGGCUUGACCUACUUCACAUAAUAAUAAUUUAUUAUUUGUACCCCACCCAUCUGGCUGGGCUUCCCCAGCCACUCUGGACGGCUUCCAACAAAGAUUAAAAAUACAUUAAAAUGUCACACCUUAAAAACUUCCCUAAACAGGGCUGCCUUCAAAUGUCUUAUAAAUGUCAGGUAGUUGUUUAUCUCUUUGACAUUUGAUGGGAGGGAUUCCCACAGGGCGGGCGCCACUACCAAGAAGGCCCUCUGCCUGGUUCCCUGUAACUUGGCUUCUCGCAGGGAGGGGACCGCCAGAAGGCCCUCGGAGCUGGACCUCCGUGUCCGGGCCGAACGAUGGGGAUGGAGAUGCUCCUUCAGGGAUACUGAGCCUUUGAGGCCGUUUAGGGCUUUCAAGGUCAGCACCAAAACUUUGAAUUGUGCUCGGAAACGUACUGGGAGCCAAUGUAGGUCUUUCAAGACUGGUGUUAUGUGGUCUCAGUGACCACUCCCAGUCCCCAGUCUGGCUGCCGCAUUCUGGAUUAGUUGUAGUUUCCGGGUCACCUUCAAAGGUAGCUCCACAUAGAGCGCAUGGCAGUAGUCCAGGCGGGAGAUAACCAGAGCAUGCAUCACUCUGGACAGUCUGCGGGCAGGGAGGGUCUCAUCCUGCGUACCAGAUGGAGCUGGAAGACAGCUGCCCUGGACACAGAUUUGACCUGCGCCUCCAUGGACGGCAGUGAGUCCAAAAUGACUCCCAGGCUGUGCAUCUGGUCAUUCGGGGGCACAGUUGCCCCAUUCAGGACCAGGGAGUCUCCCACACCUGCCCGCCCCCUGUCCCCCCAAAACAGUCCUUCUGUCUUGUCAGGAUUCAGCCUCAAUUCAUUAGCCGCCAUCCAGCCUCCAGCCUCACAGGGCUGUUGUGAGGAUAAAGCAGAGAGCAGGGCGAGAACAAAGUAUGCUGCCUAGACCUAUUUGGAAGUGAGAUACAAAUCUGUGGCGCGGCCGCAUUGGGAACAUUUGUGUGCAGUUCUGGCUGCCUCGCCUCAAAAGGGAUAUUGUAGAGUUGGAAAAAAUUCAGAAAAGCGCAGCCCACCAUGAUCAAGGGGAUAUGGAGCGACUCAAUACAGUGUUUGGGGACUUUUAGUUUGGAGAAAAGGCGAGGAAUAAUAAUAAUAAUUUAUUAUUUAUACCCCACCCAUCUGGCUGGGUCUCCCCAGCCACCCUGGGCGGCUUCCAACAAAGUAUUAAAAUACAGUGGUCUGUUAAACAUUAAAAGCUUCCCCAAACAGGGCUGCCUUCAGAUGUCGUCUAAAAGUCUGGUAGUUGUUGUUCUCUUUGACAUCUGGUGGGAGGGUGUUCCACAGGGCAGGCGCCACCACCCAGAAGGCCCUGUGCCUGGUUCCCUGUAGCUUUACUUCUCUCAGGGAGGGAACCGGCAGGAGUUGGACCUCAGUGUCCGGGCAGAACAAUGGGGGUGGAGACACUCCUUCAGAUCUACUGGGCCUUUGAGGCCGUUUAGGGCUUUCAAGGUCAGCACCAACACUUUGCAUUGUGCUCGGAAGAGGCAGCUUGAUGGAAGCUUACGAAAGAACAGUGGGUAGAAGAAAGUUUUUCUUACACUCACAUGACACCAUAACUUGUGGGAGCUGAAUGCUGGGAGAUUCAGGGCAAGUAAAAGAAAAAUUCUUCACAGCGCAGAUCAGAGUUAAACUGUGGAACUCCCUGCCACAGGAAUCCAACUUGGAUGGCUUCAAAAGAGGAUUGGGCAAAGGCAUGGAGGAGGCGAGGGCUAGCGAUGGCUACUAGCCAUGGAUGGUUCUGGUCUGCCUCCCAGCGAUUCUUCCGAAUCCCAGUUGCAUGGGGGCUUCCCAGCAGCGCUCUCCUUGCGUUCUUAAGCUACGAUAUCCUUUUUGAGAAGAAGAAGAAGAGACCAGAUCUGCGGGCAGGGUGCCAAAAGGGGCCACCGAAGCUUUAGCAUGUGGAAGAGGCCGCCUUCUUGCGAGGAAGAGAGACCGCAUUCCAGCAUUCCUUGCUUCGUAGAAAACCAGGGCGGCGGAUCAGGCACCAGGAAACGUAAACAGUUUGCAGGGAAGGAGCCACGUCUCAGUCAGAGAGGGAUGUGUGUCUGUUGGCCGCGAUCGCUGUGCUCGCUUUCAGGGACUCAGACAGAUUCCCUCCUCUCGGAGUCUUUUGUCUGGCAACCCAGCCAGAUGGGCGGGGUAUACAUAAUAAAAUUAUUAUUAUUAACAUCAUCAUCACAGCUUCUCCCACACUCUGUCCUUUGACGCCCUAAGGUUCCCCUCUGUGCGAUGCUUUGAAAGCACAAGACUUCUCCUGAAAGCAUCUGGGAACUGUAGUUUUCCCACUUGUGGAGCUACGGUUCCCAGAGAAUCCACAAGCAGGAUUUGAACACAAGACCGGCACUCUCCCUUCCAGUGGUUUCCGUCAACUGGCAUUCGGACGCAUUGCUUUCUGCGACUGUAGAAGUUGCAGAGCAUAGCUACCCCGUAUUUUUCUCUCUAUAAGACGCACCAGACCACAAGACGCACCUAGUUUUUGGAGGAAGAAAAAAAGAGAGAAAAUAUUCUGAAUCCCAGAAGCCAGGACAGCAAGAGGGGUCGCUGCGCAGCGAAGGCAGCAAUCCCUCUUGCUGUUCUGGCUUCUGGGGUAGCUGCGCAGCCUGCAUUCGCUCCAUAAGACGCACACACAUUUCCCCUUACUUUUUAGGAGGGAAAAAGCGAGUCUUACAGAGCAAAAAAUACGGUAUAUUGACAAGUAGCCAUCAAUAGCCCUCUCCUCCUCCAUGAAUUUGCCUGAUCCUCUUUUAAGGCCGUCCAGGUCCAUGGCCACUCCUGCCUACAGUGGCAGGGAGUUCCACAGUCCUGAAUCUCCCAACAUUCAGUUUCAUCGGAUACCCAGGACUUCUAGCAUUGUGAACGUUAGAGGGAAAAAACUUUCUCUAGCCACUUCCAUGCCCCGUUUUGCAAAUUUCCGCCCUGCUGCCUCUCCCCUUCCCUUUUCUCUGAACCCAAAAGCCCCCAAAUGCUGCAACCUGGCAUCGCCCCGGCCCCUUGAUCGAUUCGAUGGCCCUUAUCCGAAACUUCCCCAGCUCUUUCCGCAUCCUUUUUCGGGCGAGGCGACCAGAACAGUGCAGGAAAACAUGCGCCAAAGAAUUGUGCAAAAGCAUUGCAGUUUUAUUUUUUAUCCUUUCCCCGGCGGUCCCUGGCGUGAUUCAAAAGCAGCAAAGGGGUCUGGGAAAAGGGGUCUUUCCCCAAAGACCCCUUGGCCAGCCUCCUUGCUCUCCCAGGAAGCCCACCACUGUUUCAAGGGACCCCCUCUCCUGUCCCCAGCCUUGCAGUUGCUUUCUCUCUUGCCCUCGUUCUCUCUCCUCUGGGUCAGGAAGAACGGGUCUUUGAACUCCGGGGCGGCUGGACGGGGGGCUUGCAAGCCCCCAGGAAUUCCAAAUAUCUGUGGGGUCAAGGGUAACUAACUCCGGCAGGCGGCUGGAGUGGGGUGGGGAGGGAGAGAGUCCUCAACAAGGCCUCUGGGAGUGGGGCGGACUUAGGGGGCAGCCGACAAGAAAGCUGCUGGGACUGUUUCAGCCAUUGUUUACCGCUGCCUUCAUUGUGAAACAUCGUUUUUUCUUCUGCGGAGGGGGGGAAAAGUGUGAAAGUCUCCUAUCUUCCAGGGAUAGCAAGAGUUAUCCUCUACAUUUGUUUAGUGAGGAGUCGAUAACAUUCCUGCUGUUCGGAAUACACUUUUGCCGGGUUUAGCUAGUGUCCGUCCUGGGCAGAUGCCUUUAGUGGCUUUUAACUUGCUUGUUUAUUCCAUUUCAUUAAUCAAUCAUUUCCUUUUUUAAAAAAAAUUAUUAGAUUUUCCACAGUGAUAACACAAACCACAAAGCAGAAUGAUACACAAAAACAGAAAAAGAAAGAGGGGGGGAGGGAACAAUAAACAGAUAAACAAUAACAAACUUAAUUCUUCACAAAUCCAACCUUCUAAACAUCUUGACUGACUUCCUCAAGUCCCUCCCUUCUGAGUUUCCUUGUAAUUAAAAGUAACAGCUUUCCAAUAUCAUUAUUAAACUCAAACAAUUUCCAAUUAUAGUCCAUCUUAUUCACUUUUCUUAACAUUCUAAAUCCCAUUUAUUUAAUUGUAACUUAGUUUAAUCCUAGGCCUAUUUGUUUCUUUCAAGUAAUUUCUAAUUUUUUACAUUACAAUAUUUAUUCAAAUAGUCCUUAAAUUUCCACCGUUAAUCAAUCAUUUCCCGUGGCGCAUCUCUUUGGGCUUUGGCUGUCCUUUCCAAGCGCGUAAAAGGAUCCUGCAGGAUCGGGCCCAUGUUCUUUAGUCGUGUCCGCCUCUUCGUGGCCCCCUGGACCAGAGCACACCAGGCCCUCCUGUCUUCCACUGCCUCCCGCAGUUUGGUCAGACUCAUGCUGGUCCCUUUGAGAACACUGUCCCACCAUCUCCUCCUCCGUCGUCCCCUUCUCCUUGCGCCCUCCAUCUUUCCCAACAUCAGGGUCUUUUCCAGGGAGUCUUCUCUUCUCAUGAGGUGGCCAAAGUCUUGGAGCCUCAGCUUCAGGAUCUGUCCUAUCGUCCCCUUCUCCUUGUGCCCUCCAUCUUUCCCAACAUCAGGGUCUUUUCCAGGGAGUCUUCUCUUCUCAUGAGGAAGUCUUGGAGCCUCAGCUUCAGGAUCUGUCCUUCCAGUGAGCACUCAGGGCUGAUUUCCUUCAGAAUGGAUCGGUUUGAUCUUCUUGCAGUCCAUGGGACUCUCCAGAGUCUCCUCCAGCACCAGAAUUCAAAAGCAUCCAUUCUUCGGCGAUCAGCCUUCUUUAUGGUCCAAUUCUCACUUCCAUACAUUUCCUUCAGAAUGGACAUGUUCUUUAAGAACUUGCCAUAGUUUGCUGUGGUCGACACAGUCAAAGGCUUUUGCAUAGUCAAUGAAGCAGAAGUAGAUGUCUUCCUGGUACUCUCUAGCUUUCUCCAUAAUCCAGCGCAUGUUUGCAAUUUGGUCUCUGGUUCCUCUGCUUCUUCUAAAUCCAGCUUGCACUUCUGGGAGUUCUCGGUUCACAUACUGCUUGAGCCUUCCUUGUAGAAUUUUAAGCAUAACCUUGCUAGGGUAUGAAAUGAGUGCAAUUGUGCGGUAGUUGGAGCAUUCUUUGGCACUGCCCUUCUUUGGGAUUGGGAUGUAGACUGAUCUUCUCCAAUCCUCUGGCCACUGCUGAGUUUUCCAAACUUGCUGGCAUAUUGAGUGUAGCACCUUAACAGCAUCAUCUUUUAAAAUUUUAAAUAGUUCAGCUGGAAUACCAUCACUUCCAUUGGCCUUGUUAUUUGCAGUGCUUUCUAAGGCCCAUCUGGCUUCACUCUCCAGGAUGUCUGGCUCAAGGUCAGCAACCACACUACCUGGGGUGUACGAGACAUCCAUAUCUUUCUGGUAUAUUUCCUCUGUGUAUCCAUAGCCCUCCCUGUAUUCGCCCAGUCCUCUUUGAAAGCCGUCCAAGUCGUUGGCGACCCCGGCCUCCUGUAGCAGGGAGUUCCAAAGUGUAACUGUGCAAUGUUACGAAAAACGACUUCCUUUUAUCUGUCCUCACUGAAAUCUCUAUGGGGCCAUCUAACCCCAAACUCUGCCCUCCAGCUGUUUUGGGACUACAAUUCCCAUCAUCCCUGACCACUGGUCCUGUUAGCUAGGGAUGAUGGGAGUUGUAGUCCCAAAAACAUCUGGAGGGCAGAGUUUGGGGGUGCCUGAUCUAACCCAGGCGUAGGCAAACUAAGGCCCGGGGGCCGGAUCCAGCCCAAUCGCUUUCUCAGUCCAGCCCGCGGAUGGUCCGGGAAUCAGCGUGUUUUUACAUGAGUCGAAUGCGUGCUUUUAUUUAAAAUGCAUCUCUGGGUUAUUUGUGGGGCAUAGGAAUUCGUUCAUUCCCCCCCCCCCCCCAAAAAAAUAUAGUCCGGCCCCCCACACGGUCUGAGGGACAGCGGACUGGCCCCCUGCUGAAAAAGUUUGCUGGCCCCUGAUCUAACCCCCUGCAGCAAAGCAAGAAUCCCUGACAGACAGCCACUUCCUUUUAAAAACCUCCAAUGGUUAUAGAGGGUUGAAAGGGACCCCCAGAGGUCAUCCAGCCCAACCCCAUGCAAUGUAGGAAUCGUAGCUAAAGAAUCCCUGACAGACAGCCGUCCGACCUCUGUUUAAAAGCUUCCAAUGAAGGCGAUCCCACCGCCACCCUCUUAAGGUUAUAGAAUUCUAGGGUUGGCAGGGCCCCUCAGAGAUCAUCCAGCCCAACCCGCUGCAGCAGUGCGGGGAUCGCAGCGGAAGAAUCCCGGAUCGCAGCGGCCAUCCGACCAGCAAGGAUCCUUCUCACAUCCUCUUGUCUCUCCCUCUCGCCCCGCAGCCUGCCCGGCAGGGAUGUUCAAGCCCUCUCAGGGCGAGGGCUUUUGCCAGAGCUGCCCGGCCUUCAGCCAAUCAAACGCCCCGGGAUCCAGCGGAUGCCCUUGCCGCAACGGAUUCUACCGGACGGAGAAGGACCCCGUGACGAAGCCGUGUGCUAGUAAGUGAUGUCAAAGGCGGUGGCAGGGGAGAGCGGUUCGGCGGGAGCUGGGUUCCGGUUCCGGGGGCUAGUAUUUGACCUAUGGAGCUUUCGGUGACUCAGGACCCCCAGCACCUCACGGGCUGGCUCCCCCUACGUGAACCAACCUGGAUGCUGUGAUCUUUGUGUGCUUCCCCCAUGGGAGGUCCAGAGGGUGGCAGCACGAGGACGGGGCCUUUUCGGUGGUGGCCCCUGCUUUUGCGCUGCUCUCCCCAGGAAUGAUGCCCUGGCACCAUCUUUAGGCGCCAGGCAGAAGUUCUUUUUCCAGCUGGACUUUGGGCUUUUAGUGAUCUGUGAGUAGGAUGUCUUUAUCCUGCCUUUCAAAAAUAGGAUUUCUCAGCAUGCCCCAUAUACUCGCACUCGACCGCUUCAUUCUGCAGAACUGGCACUGCUAAAGGUGCGGCCGACUGCCUGUCUUGCAUCUGGAAGAAAUUGAUAUUUUAGUGUGGAACUCUUUUUGGCGCCUGCUAAAAGCAGCCAUGUAGAAUGGCACUGGAUGUUUUGUCUGUAGUUUAUUGCUGUUUCUCAUCUUUCAAACGGUUUUAGGAGUUCCUUUUCCGUAUAACUUAUCGUUUUACUGUCUCUCGGGCUUUAAAACAGAAAACCAAACAAGGGGUAUUGAAAUUUUGGGUGUUUUCCUCUUUCCUUUUGGUCCUAACGUUGGUUUUAAUGUGCUUUGCUUCUUUGUUGAAAGUUACUUUUUGGGGGGAAAGGGGGAAAAAAGCAAAUGAGCUUAAUAAAAAAUAAAACAAUCAAAAGCAGCUGGAGGGCAGCAGGUUGAUAGGAGAGUUGGAUGGGAUCCCCAAAGGUCAUCCAGACGAACCCCCUGCGAUGCAGGAAUCUCAGUUAGACCAUCCUGGCAGAUGGACACCUGACCUCUGUUUGAAAACCUCCAAGGAAGGGAGUCCAUUCCGCUGCAAAACAGCUCUCGCCGUCAGAAAGGGACACCCAGGGGUCAUCUAGCCCAACCCGCCUGCAACGCAGAGGGUUCAAGUUUGCUUUGUUUGGAGCAGGGCUGCCCUGGGGUAGGUCGGGGUCCCCCCAUCCUGACCAUUGCCUCUUUCCCUCCCUCCCUUCCCCGCAGAAGGCCCGUCCAAGCCCCGCAGCCCCGAGGCCAAGAUCAACGGCUCGGUGGCCGUCCUGAAGUGGAGCGAGCCCCUCGAGAACGGCGGCCGCGACGACGUGGCCUACCACGUCACCUGCUCCGAGUGCCCUGAGAAGCAGCCGUGCCGGCCCUGCUCCCGCCUGGCUUACGCCCCCCGGUCCAGGGGGCUGUGGGAGCGCUCGGUCACCGUGGAGGGACUACAGCCCUACAUCAACUACCUCUUCCGGAUCCAAGCCGUCAACGGCGUCUCCGAGAUGAGCCACAACCCGCCGGCCUCGGAGUCCAUCAACGUGACCACCAACAAGGACGGUCAGUCGCUCUCGCAGCCGGAACGGCGCAGGAAUGCUUUAUUAUUUAUACCCCACCCAUCUGGCAGGGUUUCCCCAGCCACUCUGGGCGGCUUCCAACAAAAAUUAAAAAUACAUUAAAAUGUCACCCAAUAAAAACUUCCCUAAACAGGGCUGCCUUCAGAUGUCUUCUAAAAGUCACAUAGUUGUUUAUUUCCUUGACAUCUGCUGGGAGGGCGUUCCACAGGGCAGGGGCCACCACCAAGAAGGCCCUGUGCCUGGUUCCCUGUAACCUCACUUCUCGCAGGGAAGGAACUGCCAGAAGGCCCUCGGAGCUGGACCUCAGUGUCCGGGCAGAACGAUGGGGGUGGAGACGCUCCUUCAGGUCUACUGGGCCUUUGAGGCCGUUUAGGGCUUUCAAGGUCAGCACCAAUACAGUGGUACCUCUGGUUAAGUACUUAAUUCGUUCCGGAGGUCCAUUCUUAACCUGAAACUGUUCUUAACCUGAAACACCACUUUAGCUAAUGGGGCCUCCCGCUGCCGCUCCGCCGCCGGAGCCCAAUUUCUGUUCUUAUUCUGAAGCAAAGUUCUUAAACUGAAGCACUAUUUCUGGGUUAGCAGAGUCUGUAACCUGAAGCGUAUGUAACCUGAAGCGUAUGUAACCCGAGGUACCACUGUACUUUGAAUUGUGCUUGGAAACGUCCUGGGAGCCAAUGUAGAUCUCUCAGGACCGGUCUUAUAUAGUCUCGGCAGCCGCUCCCAGUCCCCAGUCUAGCAGCCGCAUUCUGGAUUAGUUAUAGUUUCCGCGUCACCUUCAAAGGCAGCCCCACGUAGACCGCAUGACAGUAGUCCAAGCAGGAGAUAACCAGAGCAUUCUCCACUUUGGCCAGACAGUCCGUGGGCAGGGAGGGUCUCAUCCUGUGUACCAGAUGGAGCUGGGAGACAGCUGCCCUGGACACAGAACUGACCUGCGCCUCCAUGGACAGCGGUGAGUCCAGAAUGACUCCCAGGCUGCGCACCUGGUCCUUCGGGGGCACAGUUGCCCCAUUCAGGACCAGGGAGUCCUCCACACCUGCCCGCCUCCCGUACUUCUGUCUUGUCAGGAUUCAACCUCAAUCUGUUAGCCGCCAUCCAUCCUCCAACUGCCUCCAGACACUCACACAGGACCUUCACCGCCUUCGCUGGUUCCGAUUUGAAAGAAAGAUAGAGCUGGGUAUCAUCUGCAUAUUGAUGGACACCCAGCCCAACCCCCCUGAUGAUCUCUCCCAGCAGCUGCAUGUAGAUGUUGAAAAGCAUUGGGGAGAGGACAGAACCCCUAGGCACCCCACAAGUGAGAGCCCAGGGGUCUGAACAUUCAUCCCCCCCACCACUUUCUGGACACAGCCCAGGAGGAAGGAGCGGAACCACUGUAUGACAGUGCCCCCAGCUCCCAGCCCCUCUAGACGGUCCAGAAGGAUGUUGUGGUCGAUGGUGUCAAAGGCUUCUGUUGCUGGACCCAAGACGGAUGGGAGCUGUAGCUUUGGGUUCCAGCGCUACGUGCGAGAGAGACCGCAGGAAGCCUCCUAGGGGCUGCCUCAUCGCCCGUGGCUCACGCAGCCCCCUAUUUUCUCUCCCCACAGUCCCCCAGCCCGUCUCCGAAAUCCAGCAAACAUCUGCCAGCUCCAGCGCCGUCACUUUGACCUGGCCUCCCGUCCAGCCUCCCACCGGGAGCAUCCUGGACUACGAAGUCAAGUAUUAUGAGAAGGUGAGCAGAAGAGGGGGGAGAGACGUCGGAAGGGACCUCCAGGGGCCAUCCAGCCCAACCCCCUGCGGCGGGGGUGGUGUGUUGGAAGAGGAGCAGUUUUCCGGCACCCUUUCACCACCCCUUUUCCCUCCCAUGCAGAGCGGCGGGGGCACCAUGUUUGUGAAAACGUCGGAGAACCAGGUGACGCUGAGCGGCUUGCGGCGAGGGGCGAUGUACGGGGUUCAAGUCCGUGCCCGCUCGGAGGCCGGGUACGGAACGUUUGGGCCCGAGAAGGCCUUCCAGACCCAGGGAAUGGGUGAGUAAGAGCUCUUAAUAUUAGCCUAUGUUUCUUUCCCAUUUGGAUAAAUCAAUACUUCUUUCUUUUCUUUUUCAUCUUUUUAACUUUUUUCUUACUCUUAUAUUGUGAUGUUUUUUCUUCUGUAUUGAAUUUUUCUGUACUUACCUUCGUUGUAAAUGAUCAUUUACGUCUGUAUUUUAAACCAAUAAAGAUUUUAAAAAGGUAAAGGUAAACAGAUCCCUGACCAUUAGGUCCAGUCGUGACCGACUCUGGGGUUGCGGCGCUCAUCUCGCUUUACUGGCCGUGGGAGCCGGCGUACAGCUUCCGGGUCAUGUGGCCAGCAUGACUAAGCCGCUUCUGGCAAACCAGAGCAGCGCACGGAAACGCCGUUUACUUUCCCGCCGGUGCGGUACCUACGGUAUUUAUCUACUUGCACUUUGAUGUGCUUUCGAACUGCUAGGUUGGCAGGAGCACGGACCAAGCAACGGGAGCUCACCCUGUCGCGGGGAUUCGAACCACCGACCUUCUGAUCGGCAAGUCCUAGGCUCUGUGGUUUAAUCCACAGCACCACCUGCGUCCCUUAAUAAAGAUUUACCAUGGAAGGGAAAAAAAGGAUAAAUCAAGCACAUGGUGGGGUGCAUAUCUGACUAGGGGCUGGUGGGAAUUUCUGUCCAAAAUGGCUGUGGGAUGGUUGGAGCGGAUCGGAACGGUACUCCAAUAUUCCUUACGUAACAGCAGGCAGACCAGUCAUGUCCCCAGGCCCAGUUUAAAAGGCCACGUGGCUCACUCUGCCAAAGUCCUGGCUCUACAGAAGUGUUUCUGCCUGGCGCCUAAAGAUAUGUGAUAAUGUAAAAGCGUUUGGCGAAGGUGUCAGGCGAGCCUCCCCAGGGAGAGCAUCUAACAGAGGGAACGACGGUAUAAAAACAUAAAAAACCAUACAGUCAAAUCCUUAUUGUUAUUUGUGUCCGCCUCUUUGUGACCCCCUGGACCAGAGCACGCCAGGCACUCCUGUCUUCCACUGCCUCCCGCAGUUUGGUCAAACUCAUGCUGGUAGCUUCAAGAACACUGUCCCACCAUCUCGUCCUCUGUCGUCCCCUUCUCCUUGCGCCCUCCAUCUUUCCCAACAUCAGGGUCUUUUCCAGGAGUCUUCUCUUCUCAUGAGGUGGCCAAAGUCUUGGAGCCUCAGCUUCAGGAUCUGUCCUUCCAGUGAGCACUCAGGGCUGAUUUCCUUCAGAAUGGAGAGGUUGGAUCUUCUUGCAGUCCAUGGGACUCUCCAGAGUCUCCUCCAGCACCAGAAUUCAAAAGCAUCAAUUCUUCGGCCAUCAGCCUUCUUUAUGGUCCUGCUCUCCCUUCCAUACAUCACUACUGGGAAAACCAGAGCUUUAAAUCAAAUCAAAUUUAAGUCAAAUCAUAAGGAGCUGGAAAACAGAAGAAUUAAAUGAUGUCAAAAGGCAUCAAAAUUGUUUCUCAUGUUGCAUUUUAAUGAUGUAACGUGCCUUGGGUGCUCAUUUACUCCUGUAAAUCAUCAUAAUUCUGAUAAAUUUCUCUCUGCUCUUCCAACCCCGUAGAGUCAGGAAGCAGCACAGAGAAGCUGGCCCUGAUCGUGGGAACAGCAGCGUUGGGGGCGCUCCUGGUCCUGGCCGUGAUCAUUGUGGCCAUCGUCUGCUUCCGGUAAGGUGCCUUGUCCCAGAGCUGGCCGAGGGGAUGUGAUUAACCGGAGGUUGUGGGAGGGGCUAAAUGGACAGUGGGAGGAGCCAGCUGGAGGGCUGAUGGGAGCCGUACUCCAAAAUUACCGUGCUGGGCAGGGAGGAUGGGAGCUGCAGUCAGGUGCUGGAGGGGCAGAGCGCAAAGGAAAUUCAGACAGUGAUUGACGCCUCCCUUUGGAACGCGGUUGUGGAGGAGGAGCUAAAGGGAGGGAUAGUGGGCGGAGCCACCGAGUUGGCCUUGACGCCAUCUUGUUUCCUCCCUCUGGCAGCCGCCAGGGGUCGUCCAGGUCACGGGAGCAAGAAUACUCCGACAAGCCUGGGCAGUACCUGAUUGGACAUGGUGAGUGAGCGGAGGCGGGCACCGUGGUGAUGUCGGUGGGAGGAGCCUGGGUGGUGGGAGGAGCUAAGGCAGAAAGUCCCGCAAGGGGUGGCAUGUUUGAGUUAGUCCUUUGCCAGCUCCGAAAGCGAAAAUUCCUGACGUGCCCUGGUUUUCGGAUGUAAAAAUGGCAUGGGGGGGGGAGUUUUGCUGAAUUAGCAAAAUGUUGGGAAACUCGGAUGGAUGGCAACGUGAUGGGAAAAGCGGCAGAAACAACUCCCAAAUCUAAAAAUCACUUUUAAAAAGCUCAACAAUUUGGGUUUGUCCCCCCCAAAAAAUGCUCAAUGACUCUGUGGACGUCAGGAAAUAUGGCAACCCUACGAAAGGGGUAUUUUUUUUAAAGCCCUAUACGGCCUAGGACCCUUGUAUCCACGGGACAGCCUCUCCUGGUAUGUCCCAUGGAGGACCAGGGUCUUCAAACAAAAACAUCUUGGAGGUCCCGGGCCACAGGGAGGUUAGGCUGGCCUCAACCAGAGCCAGGGCCUUUUCGGCCGUGGCCCCGAUCUGGUGGAACGCUCUGUCCCAAGAGACUAGGGCCCUGCGGGACUUGACAUCUUUCCACAAGACAGAGCUGUUCCACCAGGCCUUUGGCCAGGGCACAGCCAGACCCCCUCCUUCGGUAAUCCUCAUAGAACUCUAGCCCAAUGGUUGCCAUCAAUUUGAUUCAGAAUUGAUUUUAGAAUGAAUUGAUUUCAGAAUGCUGUGUUAAUUUUAUUGUUGUUAGCUGCUCUGAGCCCGGCUUCGGCUGGGGAGGGCAGGAUGUAAAUAAAUUAUUAUUAUCAUUAUUAUCAUUAUUAUUAUGUUUAUUAUGUUUAUGGUUCCUCCCCUCUCCAGGCACCAAAGUCUACAUCGACCCUUUCACCUACGAAGACCCAAAUGAGGCUGUGCGCGAGUUUGCCAAAGAGAUCGACGUCUCGUACGUCAAAAUCGAGGAGGUCAUUGGCGCAGGUAAGGACCAACACCUUAGGUUGCAGCGGGUUGGGCUGGAUGACCUUUGGGUGUCCCGACCCUUCUAUGAUUCUAAGUCACAGGCGAUCGUAGUUUUGACCUUCACCUGCCUGAGUCUGGCUCCUGCAUCGGGGCCAGGUUUCCUCCCCGCUUCCCCGCGAAAGCCCGGCGGGGGAUCCCCGCCUGAACGGACCCCGAUCUCCCUGCUCCCUCCCCUGAGUCUCUCUUCCCGCAGGCGAGUUUGGGGAGGUUUGCCGCGGUCUCCUGAAAGUGCCCGGGAAGAAGGAAAUCUACGUGGCCAUCAAGACCCUGAAAGGCGGCUACACCGAGAAGCAGCGGCGGGAGUUCCUCAGCGAGGCCAGCAUCAUGGGGCAGUUUGAGCACCCAAACAUCAUCCGCCUGGACGGGGUCAUCACAAACAGUGUCCCUGUCAUGAUCGUCACCGAGUUCAUGGAGAACGGAGCCCUCGACUCCUUCCUCCGGGUAAGGACGGAGGCCGGAGCCAAGAGAGGGCUGGGGGGUGCAGGCCAGAGGGGGUAGGGGUCCCCCGAUACUUGUAAUAAGAAAAGCUCGGGAGGCUUUUGCCCAACCUCACCUUAAUAAUAAUAAUAAUAAUUUAUUAUGUAUACCCCGCCCAUCUGGCUGAGUCUCCUCAGCCACUCUGGGUGGCUCCCAAUCAAGUGUUAAAAGCAGUACAGCAUCAAAUAUUAAAAACUUCCCUGAACAGGGCUGCCUUCAGAUGUCUUUUAAAGAUAGGAUAGCUGCUUAUUUCCUUCACAUCUGAAGGGAGGGCGUUCCACAGGGUGGGCGCCACCACCGAGAAGGCCCUCUGCCUGGUUCCCUGCAAUCUCACUUCUCGCAAUGAGGGAACUGCCAGAAGGCCCUCGGCCUUAACACCUGAAGACAGCCCUGUUUAAAGGUAAAGGUAAAGGGAUCCCUGACCAUUAGGUCCAGUCGUGGCCGACUCUGGGGUUGCGGCGCUCAUCUCGCUUUAUUGGCCGAGGGAGCUGGUCUACAGCUUCUGGGUCAUGUGGCCAGCAUGACUAAGCCGCUUCUGGCGAACCAGAGCAGCGCACGGAAACGCCAUUUACCUUCCUGCCGGAGCGGUACCUAUUGAUCUACUUGCACUGGUGUGCUUUCGAAUUGCUAGGUUGGCAGGAGCUGGGACCGAGCAAUGGGAGCUCACCCCGUCGCGGGGAUUCGAACCACCGACCUUCUGAUCGGCAAGUCCUAGGCUCUGUGGUUUAACCCACAGCGCCACCCACGUCCCAGCCCUGUUUAGGGAAGCUUUUAAUGUUUGAUGCAUUACGGUAUUUUAAUAUUUUGUUGGAAGCCGCCCAGAGUGGCUGGGAAAGCCCAGCCAGAUGAGCAGGGUAUAAAUAAUAAAUUAUUAUUAUUAUUAUUAUUAUUACUGUAAUCUCAAUGGAGGCUUUUUCACCCGAAUUCCCCAAUUUGUCACUUCUUUUGGCUGCAUCGACUCCGAGCAACUGACAAUAUCUUUACGAAACACAUGCAGACAUGGGAAGCAUACAUGAACACGUAGACAAGGAAAGCAUAUAUAAUAUAUAUAAUUAUUUUUGCUUCAUACGCAGCUUGAUGUUUUGGCGGGUGGGUUGUCGAAAACAUCUGGGGAGGGCCUUGAGUCGACGAAGGGUUAAGUUUCCACUGGGCGGGCUGGCUCCCCUAAUGCGGCCUUUCUCAAUCUGGAGGGGUCCCCAGAUGUCGGGACUACAACUCCCAUCAUCCACUGGCCGCGCACGCUAGGGAUGAUGGGCGUUGUAGUCCACCAACAUCCCACGGCUGAGAAAGGCUGACUGUAACUGUUCCUAAGGCUCCUUCCCUGUCUUGCUUUUCCGCAGCUGAACGACGGGCAGUUCACCCCCAUCCAGCUGGUGGGGAUGUUGCGGGGGAUCGCGUCCGGCAUGCGCUACCUCUCUGACAUGAGCUACGUCCACCGGGAUUUAGCCGCCCGCAACAUCCUGGUCAACAGCAACUUGGUCUGCAAAGUCUCCGAUUUCGGCCUGUCUCGCUUUCUCGAAGAGAAUUCGUCCGACCCCACUUACACUAGUUCGCUGGUACGGAAAAUUGGUUUUGUGUUUUCCCGGCUCUCGAUACUAUUCUAUUCUGUUCUGUUCUGUUCUUUAUUUGUUUCAUAAAAUGUGCAUACCGCUUCAUUGCAGAAGGAAACCUCAAAGCGGUUUACCAAAAAAGGACAAAACUAUCGCUAAACGAUGUACAACCAUCAUUUAAAACAUGCAGAAAGUUAAAUGUCAGCAGAGUUGAUGUAAACACGAGCAGUAGGAAAUAACUUAAAGGGAGUAAGAAGGUUAGAUUGGUGAAUAGGUUUGAGAUGGUUACGUGGUAAGACUGCGAUAUAAAAUAAGGAACCGCCUGGGGGGAGGGAGUCAAAGAAGAAGCAGGUUGAAUUUGUUAAGAUUCAAUUUUUGUUGUUGAAAUAUUGUAAAAUGCAAAAAUGGGAACUUUUUUUUUUUAAAGAAAAAUGCAGAAAGUUAACACCGCAGUAGAACAGAGCAAACCAAAUUUAAACACAGGCUUUCUAAACUUCUGGGUAAAAAGGUAAAGAGACCCCUGACCAUUAGGUCCAGUCGUGGCCGACUCUGGAGUUGCGGCGCUCAUCUCGCUUUAUUGGCCGAGGGAGCUGGUCUACAGCUUCUGGGUCAUGUGGCCAACAUGACUAAGCCGCUUCUGGCGAACCAGAGCAGCGCACGGAAACGCCGUUUACCUUCCCGCCAGAGCAGGACCUAUUUAUCUACUUGCACUGGUGUGCUUUCGAACUGCUAGGUUGGCAGGAGCAGGGACCGAGCAACAGGGAUUCGAACCGCCGACCUUCUGAUUGGCAGGUCCUGAGCUCUGUGGUUUAACCUACAGCGCCAUCUGCGUCCCAUUGUGUAUGUAUAAAGGUGAAGGGACCCCUGACCAUUAGGUCCAGUCGUGGCCAACUCUGGGGUUGCGGCGCUCAUCUCGCUUUACUGGCCGAGGGAGCCGGCGUACAGCUUCCGGGUCCUGUGGCCAGCAUGACUAAGCUGCUUCCGGCGAACCAGAGCAGCGCACGGAAACGCCGUUUACCUUCCCGCCGGAGCGGUACCUAUUUAUCUACUUGCACUUUGUGCUUUCAAACUGCUAGGUUGGCAGGAGCAGGGACCGAGCAACGGGAGCUCACCCCGUCGCGGGGAUUCGAACCACCGACUUUCUGAUCGGCAAGCCCUAGGCUCUGUGGUUUAACCCACAGCGCCACCCAUGUCCCUAGGGCUGCCUAAAUGAGAAUUCCUUCGGCAGGCGUCAGAAACAAAACAGUGAGGGCACCUGUCCAGUGUCAUUAGGCAAGGAGUUCCAAAGAUUGAGUUCUUACAGAUGUAGAUGAGGUAUCAGGUGGCAAUUUUAGCAGUGCUGGUUCCCCAGAUCUCAGCAGUCAAAGGGGCGCAUGUGGGAUCAGGUAGCCUUGUAGGUGAACUGGUCCCAAGUUCUUAAGGGCUUUGCAUAAUAGUACAGUGGUGCCUCGCAAGACGAAAUUAAUCCGUUCCGCGAGAGUCUUCGUCUAGCGGUUUUUUCGUCUUGCGAAGCAACCCUAUUAGCGGCUUAACGGAUUAGCGCUAUUAGCGGUUUAGCGGCUAUUAAAGGCUUAUCGGCUUAUCGGAUUAGCUGCUAAAAGGCUAUUAAAGGCUUAACAGCUUAGAUAAAGGGGGGAAAAGCGAAAAAAAAAUCUCAAGAUUCGCAAGACAUUUUCGUCUUGCGAAGCAAGCCCAUAGGGAAAUUCGUCCUGCGAAGCAACUCAAAAACGGAAAACCCUUUCGUCUAGCGGGUUUUCCGUCUUGCGAGGCAUUCGUCUUGCGGGGCACCACUGUAGUUACACCUUGAAUUCGGAACGGCUUUGGGCCAGCGCAGUGAGCGACAGGGCCGAGCGGGAAUUCGAACCUGGGUCUCUCUCAUGUCCUGGUCCACCACUUAAGCUCUGCAUCUCACGAGGAACCCAGGCGUCCUGGGAGACGAGAUGAGGGCCAGCGCCUGGGGUGACUGUGUGUCAGAAGCCUCCGCCGCGCUCCUCUUCUUUCAUUGGUCGAUCCUCCUGAUCUCUCUCCUCAGGGCGGGAAGAUCCCGAUCCGGUGGACGGCCCCGGAAGCCAUCGCCUUCCGCAAGUUCACCUCCGCCAGCGACGUCUGGAGCUACGGGAUCGUCAUGUGGGAAGUCAUGUCGUUCGGGGAGAGGCCAUAUUGGGACAUGUCAAACCAGGAUGUGAGUGCCUCCCCUGCCCUCAUCCAGCCUCCCCUCAUGCCCUCAGAUGUUCUGGACUACAGUUCCCAUCAGCCCCCUGGCCAGUGUGGCCAUUUUGGCCUACAGCUCCCAUCAGCCCCCAGCCAGUGUGGCCAUUUUGGCCUACAGCUCCCAUCAGCCCCCAGCCAGGGCCGCCAUUUUGGCCUACAGCUCCCAUCAGCCCCCAGCCAGGGCCGCCAUUUUGGGCUGCGGCUGGUUGGAGCCUGAUGGGAGUUGUAGUCCCUGCUUUUGAAACCUCUUAUCGGCUUACAGAUAAGCAACCUCUCCCACAAUUUUUUCUCAGCCCGCCGCCCCCCAUUUUAUUUUCUGAUGAUCCUCUUGUCGGAUGGCCCUCGGUUGUUGUUUUUUUUAAGCUGAGGUUCAUGCGUGGCAAUGGGGUUGGACUAGAUGUCCUUCAGGGGCCCCUCCCAUGAUUCUGUGAUUCUGCCCCCCAGGUGAUAAACGCCAUCGAGCAGGACUACCGGCUCCCGCCCCCUACGGACUGCCCCACUUCGCUGCACCAGCUGAUGCUGGACUGCUGGCAGAAGGACCGCAACACCCGGCCCCGAUUCGCCCAGAUCGUCAACUCCUUGGACAAGCUGAUCCGGAACCCGGCCAGCCUCAAGAUCGUCUCGCGGGGGAACGGAGGGUGAGUCCGGAUAAGGCCCCUGCCCUCUUCCCCGGGGAGAUCUGGCCUCGGAAAUUACUGCGCUUGCUGAUUAUUCUGCAUUGGAGUUGCAACUUACCUCUCCUCCAAGGAUAUGUAGUUCUCUUCCACCCCCACUUUAAUUCUCACAACGCCCCUUUGAGGUAGGCUAGGCUGUGGGCAAGUGACUGGCUCCCACAGGCCAAGUGAUUUGACCCCCGCUGUCCUGGGUCCAACGCUCUAACCACUACACCACCGCUGCCUCCCCAAGGAAAUAGCUUCCAACCAGGAGAGGCCAUCGAGGAUUGAACCCGGGACCUUCCGCUCACAAGGCAAAGGCUCUGCCAUUAAGCCGCAGCCCUUCUCUAGGACUCUAUGUGGGGUUGGGGACCCAUAUCUGGGGGCUUGCAGCCACGGUCAGAUUUCAGAGAUGGCCGCCCCGGGAUAAUUGACCAUUGCAGAAUCAUAGAGUUGGAAGGUACAGGCAACUCCCCAUUUACAGGAGGUCAAGGCAUAAUAAUAGUAAUUUAUUAUUUAUACCCCGCCCAUCUGGCUGGGUUUCCCCAGCCACUCUGGCCGGCUUCCAACCAAAUAUUAAAAACAAUACAGCCUCAGACAUUAAAAACUUCCCUAAACAGGGAAGUUUUCCCUGGUGUCUUUUAAAAGUAAAAUACAGUGUCUUUUAAAAGUAAAAUUCCCUGGUGUCUUUUAAAAGUAAAAUACAGUGGUACCUCGGGAUGUGAACGGGAUCCGUUCUGGAACCCCAUUCGCAUCCUGAACAGAAGGUAAGACACGACAGCACGUCGCGUUUCGCCACUUCCGCGCAUGCGCAUCAUGUCAUUUUGACCGUCUGUGCAUGCGCAAGCGGUGAAACCUGGAAGUAACGCGCUCCGUUACCUCCGGGUCUCCACGGAGCACAACACAAAAGCGCUCAACCUGAAGCGUAUUUAUCACGAGGUAUGACCGUAGUUGUUUAUUGCCUUGACAUCUGGUGGGAGGGCGUUCCACAGGGUGGGAGCCACCACCAAGAAGGCCCUCUGCCUGGUUCCCUGUAACUUGGCUUCUCGCAAUGAGGGAACCGCCAGAAGGCCCUCAGUGCUGGACCCAGGUGUCCGGGGUGGAGACGCUCCUUCAGGUCUGUUGGUCCUUUGAGGCUGUUUAGGGCUUUCAAGGUCAGCACCAACACUUUGAAUUGUGCUCAGAAACAUCCAUCGCCUCGAACCCAGAACGGGCACAGAAAGGGACAAAAAUGGCGUCUAGCAAUCCCACCAGCAUUUGAGGUUUUCCAAAGGAUUUUUUGAGGGUUUUCAGAGGGUGCUUGCAGGCUUUUCCCACAGCGUUCCCAAUCCAUUCGAUUUCACGUGCCUUGGAACGUAACCCCCGCGUAAAUGGGAGAGUUCCUUGUUUGUUUGUUUUUCAGCCAGUUAUUUUUUUAGGGGUUUUCCAUAAUUUUUAACAAAUCGUGGUGCAAAUCAGCGCAAAUUUAAUACGGAUUUAAAGGCUGACUUCCGUGAUUCUGUGGCUUCUGUCUCCCUCACCUUCACCACCAUAACCCCACUGAAACGGCUGCUCUCCUCUCUCUCUCUCUCUCCUUCCGCCCCCCAUAAUCUCAGGCCAUCCCACCCCCUCCUGGACCAACGCCUGCCCCAUUACUCCUCCUUCGCGUCCAUCGGCGACUGGCUCCGCGCCAUCAAGAUGGGGCGCUACGAAGAGAACUUCGCCGGCGCCGGGUUCACCUCCUUUGAGCUGGUCAGCCAACUCUCCACCGAGUGAGUGAGCCUGCGGGGCAAGGAGGGUCCCAAAACCCUUGUGGGUGGGGAGACGGGGCAGCGAGUUUGAGAUGCGGCGGUAAUGCCGCUCUGAAAUCGCAUCUGUGGUUCCCGCACAUCGGGGUUGGACUAGAUGACCGCAUGGGGUCCCUUCCAACUGUGGUGACUCCUCUCUCCUCCUCUCUUGGCUUUCCCUCUCCAGAGACCUCCUCCGGAUCGGCGUGACGUUGGCCGGACAUCAGAAGAAGAUCUUGUCCAGUAUUCAGAACAUGCGUGUUCAGAGCAAGUCCGGCUCCUCUUUGGGACCCUACUGACCGUCCAAAAUUAUUGCGUUUUGACUGUUCUUCCCCCUCCUCAAUCAAAUGGUGACGAUUGUGGCCUCUUGACUUGGGACAUCGGCUGCCUCCCUCCUUCCUGCUCGUCUCUCUUAUUUUUCACUUAUUUUUCAGUUUUGGAACAGCGUAUUCCGUGGGGAAUAAUUUGGCUUUCUCUCUCCCCCGCCACGUAUCCUCUCAUCCUUUGGGACAGAAAGGGAUGGAAAGAUAAUUUAACUGUUCAAGCGCGAUGAGGAUAGUCGUUCUUCUUCGUCCUUUUUUUGCCAGUCAAGUUGCCACAAACACAAAGGAGUCGCUUUUGGUACCCGCCGGGCCGCUUUUCAAGAUGGCCGACCGCAGCGCCAACAAAGAUGGCCGCCAAACCCCCAGCGUCUUCCGUCCCUGCCGUUCCAUGGGCCUCGGCGUCUUCGCGUGACCUUCCGUGGUGCCGAAACGUCUGAACGUUGAAAAAGCCAAAGAUGGCCUCCCGACGGCCAACUUUCCCGGACUGCAGUUCACGCCGCAAAAUGGCCGCCCUCCCGCUGUCUUCCGGAGCGGCUGGCCUGUUUGUUGGAGGUUGCAAGGUGGCCGCCUAGUGGGAGGAAUGAGGUGGCGAAGGAAAGGGAAAUGAAAUUCCUUUGCCACCUGGCCUUCAAGAUGGCCACCCCUCUCUGCUUGGUGGCAACAUUUUCAAAAUGGAGGCUGUUGGAUCGCUGUCUUUCUGCCAUUUUGGGGUGCGUUUUAAAAACUUCGGCCCACCAUGGUGCUGUAUGGAGGAUUUGUGUGGGAUGAUCACCAGAGGCCUUAUACAAUUUGUCGUCCGUCCUUUUGGGGUGAUGGGAGGGUGGCCGCCCGUUGUCUACCGAUUUCUGGAAAUGGGGAGCCUUACUUGAAUCUAUAUGGACAUAUUCCAUUAUAAUAAAGGGACGGGGGUCAAGGUUUCUGCACACUUUGAUGUGCAGCCCCUGACUCUCCCCGUCCUGAAAGCCAAAGAGGGACUGUCAUUGGCAUGCCGCGAGGAGUGCCGCAUUCGCCAGAGUGCAACUUGUCGCCACAUCCUCGCAAUGCUGGAGGGAAACGGCAGCUGUGUAGUGAUGUCAUCAGGAGCAGGAGUGAUGUCACCCCUGCCUGCCGAAUCUAUGAGCUUUCAAGGACGUGCAUGCCACAGAGAAGGGUUAAACCGCCGCGUUGAAAUAACCAUAUGACAAUCAGAAGACUCUGCACUUUCUGAUGAUGUCACUGUGAUGAUGUCACAGGAGGGGAAAGCGAAGCUUUUGCUCUGGGAUAUCUCAAGCUGCCUUUUUAUGGCUUUCGCCACUCGAGACCAAUAAUACUCUGGAGACUGUUAGGGAUGUCUUGGGCACUGGACUGCGAUGUCAUCGUGGUGCAAGAGCAAGACCGUUCUCUCUGUGAUGUCAUCUCCGUGUGACUGCAGGUGUCGGGAGAACCGGCGGCCGACACCAAAGCCGGUGGAAGGAGAUGCCUGGUUUCGCUCUCUUGAUGACAUCGAAACAAAGUGCCUCCAGAUAAAGUGUGGGCGCUGAGAGGUGAUGUCACGGGAACAGGCCUGUGAUGUCGUUACAAAGCGCUUCUCUUUUGUAUCAUUUUGUUAACCUUCAUAUUGAAGGUGGUGAUUUUGCUUUUUAUUAAAAAAAACAAAAAAAGUAUAUGAAA